GAUUCAAGCAAAGCUUUCGGGGACCUGGCUCCCAAAACAAACAUGUCCGCCUUCAAUGUUCCUUUGCCCUCACCCAGGAUGGGUUUUGUUUUGAAAAGGCUCGUUAAGGGUGGUGGUUGUUGCCCUUUUAACUCCCCUGCUUAGACACCUUUGAGCAGCCCGUGUACGGAAAGCGUAAGAAAAGCCGAUAAGGCGGCUUUCUCCCGGUGUCCAGACCCGUACUGAGGGAUGACCGCUAAACGGCGACACGGACAUCUCAAUGGCCAUUUUUGUGACCGUGAGCGGCGGUAGGACGAGGGGCCGGGUGAAUUCUCGCGAUAUCCUUUGCGAGCGGAUCCCUGGAUGUGGGAGGAGCAGAGGAGCAGCGAGGGGAGGGGCUUAGGCUGCCGUUGCUGGCGCCCGACAGGGGUGAUAUUGUUGUUGAGCGGCGGGGUGGUGGUGGUGGUGGUGGUGGUUACGCGCGCGUAAAGCGCGCACGCGGGUCUCCAUGGUGAAGGCGGGGGAGGGGGCGGCCUCAGCAAGUGGCAGCGACUGAUGUCGCUGGCGGCGGCGAGUCGGAUCCCCCUGGUCAGCGCGCGGUGCCAUGUCCCGGGGCUGCUGUACCCACCUCCUGUGGGAUGUGAGGCAGCGGAGUUUGGGGCUGGAGGAGCCCGGCCUGUUGCGGAGGCGAUACCUAGGUGAGGAAGGAGAAGGGCGAGAGGGCGGGGUCUGAGGCGCUGGGGGAAAACUGAGGUGGUCGUGGUCGCCCUUGCCCCCCCCCGCCUCUUUCUCGGCGCUCCGGCUGAGGGGAAGGGCGGGCGGGGUUGUUCCGCGCUGUGGUGGGGCUGCUUCGCUGACCCCCAGCCCCCUCGGGUCAUCGCUCGGGGCGGGGUGGAGAGAAGAGGCGGCCCUUCAGCUAUGGUGGUCGGCUCAAUAGCUGACCCCAUUCCGUCCUUCUUCUCCCUUCUCUUGUAUAUACAGCAAGUUUCCACGACGGUUUCGUGAGAGGGUGGGGGUGGGAAUGAGCGUCGGGUCCUUUUUGGAAAAGCAAAACCGAACUGCGACGGCACGAAACGUUCAGAAGUAUUUCUAGUGUGCUUGUCUCUCUUCACGUAUAAUCCCCCCCCCCCCCGUUUGCACUACGCUCGGAGAUUUUUCGGAAAUAAUUUGGGGAGUGGCGUUUCACUCCCUCUUUCUGCAACUUCCCCCUCAUCUUUGGAUGCUGAGUUGGAACUCGAUAGUACUUAUUCUAUGAUAUAUAAAUAUUCUCACACACUUGCACCCCCAGCCCGUGCAAAAAGUCGCAAAGAGAAAUCAGAACGGCUUAGUGUCUCUGCUUGCUAUUGGCAUGAGCUAAAUAGGUUGUGGAUGUAUUUAACUAUUGAAGGCAUUUUUAAGUGUCAUAAAACUGUAUCUCCCAUAGAUCCCCCCCCACAACUCCCUGCAAAGAAGAAUGUAGCACGUGAUUGCUUUUAGUAUAUUGAUUCAUAGAAAAGUUUGGCUGUUUUUGCUUGUGUUAACAAAUCUGCAUACAUAAAUGUCAUUUAUGGAUUCUGGGUAAAGUUUGUCUUGGGCAGUGAUAGCUAGUUAAAUGUUGCACUUUUUCUAUUAGAAACUUACUAAUUUCACUGCAUUUUCUGAAAGCAUUACAAUAUUGCUACAAAAAUUGGAUUUUUCCGAUUUUAAUUUGAUUUUUUAUAUACAAACAUAAAUAUUCUUUGGACUCAAGGACAGCUUACUUUUUUACCCAAUACUGGAGGUCUUCAAUCUGUUCUUUAACAUAUUGCUGAAUAAAAGUAGAUGAAAAUUUAUAUGAUGACAUAUAUUUGAUAGUUUAAAAGCAAAUGCACCAAUCUACAAGGGAUAUUUGUUCUCAUGACUUUCAUUGAUCUGCUUCCUACUGAACUUGUGUUUGAUAUGGAUGGAAGUGAGGCAUUCAUCAGUGAUACGCACCAGAGCACAACUAGAUUUGGACUUGUGCCACAAUCUUUCCCCCACAUGUUUUAUUACCUCCCUUCCUCUGGGAAUUGGCUUCAAAGUGAAAUUUAAGACUAUUUAAAGGCGUUAUCAAGUAGCUUUCCCCACUCUGUUCUUUAUCUAUGGUCUGAUUGACAUCAUUGUCAUUAGGUAUAGAAUCACAGAUCUAAUUGGCUAGAGUUAUCUUAUGAUGAUAACUUAAGUGCUAUAACUAAGUGUAAGUUACUAAUAACCAUGUGUUAAGUGUAGGAAUGAAUUGGGGAGGCUAAUGCUCAAAGAAGCAUUUUAUUACUGCAGAAAUAUUGACUAUGUAUUUCAAUUAUUAUUUAAUUGGAAGAAAGGGGUCUUCAUAGAUUUUACUGUGUAGACCACCAAAAACAGCUCACUUGAAAAAUAUUUCUUACAUCACUGCUCUUGCUUUCUUUUCUGUAUUACAUCAAGGGCACAGGAGCAGAGUGAUGACCAUGUUUUUUUUUAAGUGAUCUUUUGGAGAGGGUCAUGGCAUGUUACCUUGUUUUACUGUUUGAAAGUUUAGUUUAAUUUAGAAAUGAGUGCUUAAGAUGAGAGAACUCCUUUGUGUAUUUUGAUCCAAUAUAACUUUUAGAUGUGUAUGGCAUAAAGUUUCAACGUAUUCUUUGUUAUAUUUUAUUUACACCUUCAUGUUUUUCAUUACAGUAAUAAAUAGUACAGCUGAGCCCCAUUCUCUAUCGAUUUGCAUCAAAUGGUUGCUUAUACAGUCAUUUUAUGUUAUCUUGUUGCAGAUUUAGAGUCAAAAUAUGUUAAAAUGCUAUACUUGUAUAUCUUGAAACAUACCUAAAGAGAAACACAUAUUUACAAGUUAAUUCAGUAACAGUUUUGAAAUUCCUCAGUCAUUGUGGCUGAGAAAUCUGUUAAAAUGUACUUUAUAUUGGCUUGUUAACAUUUUGAAGGAAUUGACCUUUCCCCCAGAGAACAUCAAAUCCUAGAGACAUGUAGAAUUAUAUAAGUUUCAUAGGCCACUCUUUACUGAAGUAAUCACCUAAAGUGUUUGAGAAUCUGUAAAGAAAGUAGCUAAAUCUAUAAGCCUUCUUGUCCUCUCUUUUGUUCUUAAAGUGGCGAGUGGACUCAUUCACCUAUGGUGUCCCCAACCAUGUAGAUGAAGGAAACAAAAUUUGCUAUUGGAUAAAGGAACUGAAAUAAACACAGUUUUGAAAAAUAUGUUUGUCAAAGAAAUUGUUUCUAAUUGUAGGUUAUGUGUUUGGGAUAUAAAAUAAUAAUUGUAGGUAAUGUUUGGCUAUGUGAUGCUAUAUAUUUGGAAUUUAAAAGCAUAUUUAUAUUGUGUUCACAGUAACUGAUUUUGAAUUAAAAUAGCCACCUGUAGCCUGAGUUAAAUCAGCAACCAAUAUUCAAGCCUGAAAUUACCUAUUUUAUUCCUAUUCCUAUUUUAUUCCUAUUUCCUAUUUUCUAACAAACCUGCAUUUGUAGUAGUGUGGGUAUUCCUAGCUUUAUUUAAUUGCCACACUUUCACUGAGCAAUGAGAAAGUAUGAAGCAGCUUUCUAAACUCAAUCUGUGUGGGAGGAAAGAGCAGUGACAUAUUAAAGCACCUUGGGAAUACUCUAGGAUCCAACUUUGUCACUGAUGCCCAUGUGGUUCAAAGUGCUUUCUACCAGCUGAUGCCUAUUGUGGAUAGAAGUGAAGUAGAAAGUUAUCAGUAUUUUGGUAUAAUCCAGAUUACACUGCAGCAAUGUGUUUUGUUUAGGACUGCCUUUGAAUACUGUUAAGUAAUGAGCUAGUACAAAAUACAGCUGCAGAUUUUUGAUAGUUGGACCAUACCUCAUAAUUUCUUAGAUAUCUUUACUGAUUACUGGUUACACAGCUUUGGACAAGGGCAUUUGGAGGUAUGCCUGCUACACAUCUAGUAGGCCAGUGCAUCUAGAUCAUUGUGGGAUUUGCACCUCGCUGUGUUCCCAUCUUCUGAGUGAGAGGGUGACAAGUGGGGAGAGUAGGCUUUUCACUUGUGAUGUCCUGCCUUUGGAAUUCUCUCCUCAGCAAGAUUUGCCUGGUGCCUUCUUUGAUACCUUUUUUGCUGCCACAAUAAUACGUUUUCUGGGCCUUCAGUUACCGUAUUUUUCGCCCUAUAGGACACACUUUCCCCCCUCCAAAAAUGAAGGGGAAAUCUGUGUGCGUCCUAUGGGGUGAAUGCAGGCUUUCGCUGAAGCUUGGAGAGCGAGAGGGGUUGGUGUGCUCUCCAGGCUUCAGGAAGCUAUCUGCAAGCCUGGGGAGCCUGCGGGAGUUCCCGCAGGGCUCCCUAGGCUGCGGAUAGCAUCCUGCUGCCCGGAGCGCAGGGCAGAGCGUCCCAUGCUUUGGGCAGACAUCGGGCAACCCCACAAGCUCGGGGGACAGUGGGGAGGCGGAGCGCCACCAUCCCGCUGUUCCCCGACCUGGUUUGGAUUCCCUGACCUGCUUUUGGGGGGCAAAUAAAGGAAUUUUUUUUUUUACUUUAUUUCCCCCCCCCAAAAAAAAAACUAGGUGCGUCCUAUGGGCCGGUGCGCCCUGUGGGACGAAAAAUACGGUACUUUUCUUUUGGUUUCAACUCUUUGACUAUGAUUUUUAUUGUUGCUGCUUUUAGUGUUUUACCAUUGAGUUGUUUACAACCUUUUUGCUGUUUUAAAUAUUUAAAUAUUUUGUACUGGCUUUGUUGUAGGAGUGUAUUUAUAUUGAAGGGCAGCAUAUAAAAUUACCAGAAGAAAGUUUUGUCAUACCCGUUUACAGACAUACAGACAAAUUAAGCAGGUGUAGAAAAAGGCAGCAACAGUCCUAAAGCAACAUCAGUGUAGUGGACUCAACUCUGGAAUUUCCUACCACUAGAAAUCAGACAGACACUGUCCCUAUUAAGUUUCAGACAACAGCUUAAAACAGUUUCAUUUCAGGCCUUUGCAUCAUGAACAUGGUUCUAAUGCUCUACACUGAUGUUUUUAUUUAUGUUUCAAGUUUUGUGCGUUGUACAUUUUUUUUAUUUGUAAGCCUCUGAGACGUGGUGAAAAGCAGUGCAUAUUUUUUUAAAAAAAGAAACCGUCACCACCUGUUGUAUGAAGUCUGCUUCUGACAGUCUGUUCCAAAAAUGUAAAAUAGCAUUCUCAUUAUUUGGCCAAUGUUGUCCUGUUAGCAAUCCUGAUGGGCUGAUAUGCUCACACUGUCAUGAAGGUGGUUGCACCAAGUUUCUUCAAAGAGAUACUUUUGCAUUAAACAGCAAAUCUAUAGCAAUAUAUAUAUCUAUACAUCUAUAUCUAUACAGCAAUAUCUAUACAUUGCAAUUGCCUGUGUGUUAAUUACUUGGGCUAUAUCUAAUGCUGUAGCUCUGCUGGUGCAAGGGACUUGCAUGUGUACAUUGGGACUUCCAUUUCUUCUCUUCCGUCCUGCGCCCUCCCAUAAGCUCCAGAGGCUUGGGGGAUUCUGCUGGUGGGUUUCUGCUGGCAUAACAUUGUCUACAACCCAAUGCAAUUAAAUUUCGGAUCACAACUAAAAGCUUAAAAAAAUAAAGUCAAGAGUUGUUUAAUAUUUAAAAUAUUUUAUUUCAAAAUACAGCUUUAUUAGGAAAUACAUCUUUUUUAAAAAAACGUAACACUAGUGGGAGCAGGGAGAAUAAAGAGACUGUAAGAUAGACUGAAGAAGAGUAAACUAAAUUUUAGAGAAUAUGUGGCAUAUUGCAAAAUAUUUACCAUAAGCAACAGUAGUUAGAAGUAUAAUUGUUUAAGAACGAUCUUAGAUUGCCUACCUUCUUAUAGCAUAAUCUUUAGUUCAUAGCACUGCAGCUUUUAGUUUUGCUAUCAAGUUCAGUAUUAAUACAGUGGCAUUAGUUUGAAAGGGGCUCUAAUGCAGUUUGAAAAAGUUUAUAGGUCUUGUGAGAGUUGUUUGCUUAGCAUUGCAUUUCAUGUAGGAUGACACAACUUCAGCAUGCUUGGGAACAAGACUAGAGAUACUUUUAGAAUAUAGCCUUGCUGGUCUCACAUCUGCAGAUAUGUUAAUUUUAGAGGUUUGUAAAGUGAAUGAAGUAUCAUUUAGGUCAUUUGCUACAAUUUAAGUACAGUAUAGUAGUUUACCUAGCAAUCUUGACAAUGACCAAGUAAUAUUUUUUGUUUGGAAAAAGUUCAGUGUAGUAAUUUUAGCAAAUAUUUAGUUAUAUUAACACACGGUAAUUUUAAAAUAACUUUUAAAUUCAAUGUAGAUGGCAUUCCUGCUUGUAUUCAUGAUUGAUUGAUGGUGAGGAGGGAAAUACCAUAUCAUAUGGGUCACUUAUCUAGACAUGUACCUGAUAUAUAAAAAAUGGUGUGUUGCUUUGCUGCCUAAAGGCCAGUGUUAUACUAAAUCUGCUAUUUUAGCCAUGCCAUACAUACAUGAUAAAAAUAAUGUGUUUGGCAUUCAUUCCUCAACAUUCUUGACAGGGCUAUAGUGCAACCAAGGUAAGUGUGUUGGUAGUGUAGAGAGGUAAAUAUACCAGAAGGAGUUUCUCCACCCCCAUCAUUCAGUCUGAGGUUCAGUGCUGAGGGCCUUCUAGCGGUUCCCUCCCUGCAAGAAGUGAGGUUACAGGGAACCAGGCAGAGGGCCUUCUCAGCAGUGGCGUCUGCCCUGUGGAACACCCUCCCAUCAGAUGUCAAGGAAAUAAACAUCUGUCUCACUUUUAGAAGACAUCUGAAGGCAGCCUUAUUUAGGGAAGUUUUAAAUGUUUGAUGUUCUGUUGUGCUUUUAAUUCUGUUGGGAGCCUUCCCGAGAGGCUGGGGAAAUCCAGCCAGAUGGGCAGGGUAUAAUUUUAUUAUUAUGAUUAUGAGCCCCCACCUAUUUGCAGUGUAGUCUGGACACAGUGAGAACUAGGCCUAAGUCCUUGGUUUGCUGCAGAGAACGUGAGCUUCUGCUUCUGCUAAUGUUUUCUACACAAUAUGAAACGUGCAAAAUAUACCUUUUAUGGUCACUUAAACCUGUAAAAGCGUAUAGCAUAUUAAAUUCCCUUUGUCAUCAAAAUAAAGUUGCUUUUGUGAACUUAGUAUUUUAAAUGUUUGACUUAGUCUGUUGCUGUAGCACUGUUUACCUCAGUUAAAAGCUCAAGUGAUUGUAACAUUAUCAGUGACUAAACAGGAAAGGUUAUAUUUAGCCAUGCACUCAUUUAAGAUCUGUAGUAUGUCUGAAAGUGUAAUACAGCUAUCAGGAUUGCUACAAACAGAAUUCUUUCUACUUGUACAAUAGUUUUUUCCCUGUUCCUGGGUGAAAGGAAAAUACAUCCCAACUAUUGAAAUUAAAAUAGGAAAUUUAUACUUAAAUUUACUUAUUGAAGAGUAUUUUUUAAAGGUGAUACUUUAAUUAAAGUAUAAUGGUUAUGGUACUCAGAAUACUUAAAAGUUUCAGAAUUAUCACUUCCCAACAUCACAUAGAAUACUAAAAUCUGAAUUUUCUCAGGGUGUUUUUUUUUAAUCCUGUUGGGGACAGAUGUCCUCGGUGCUCUGAGCAACACUGAAAUUAACAACAUGUAUAUUGAUCUGUAAAGAAUAGCCAACUGUGCUGCAGGAAUCACUCAGUGAUCCACAAUAUAUCUGAAGCUGUCACAGCUCUGGAAUCACUGUUAAGUAAAACAAACUGGGAGUGUACAAUUUUCUUCAGAGAACAACUAACAUGCUUAUUUAUUUUUAUUUAUUUUUGCUGAUGACCGUAUAAUAUUUGCUAAUGAUUCUGUGUAAGUGGAAAGGCAAAUGCAGCAGCUGGUGAAAAAGAUGACAUAAAGUCAGACUGUAAAGGAAGAUAUUGAAAACAAAAUCAUGACAAUUGCCUGAAAAGUCUUGUUAAAAUCAGUGUUGAAGAAACUGAAAAAGCUAAAAGCUAUAUCUUGGCAACAACAAACACAUUUGACUGGAAGGGCAAUAGCAGCAUAAGAAAGAUGGUAUGGGCCAGCUUUAAUAGAUUUUCAUUGCAUGAUGAUGAGUUUCUAGUGAAGACUUAUAAACAUAACUUUACAACACAACUAUCAUGCCGAGUGUGAUAAUUUUCUGGAAUAAUGUUGUAUAGGUUAGCUAUACAGUGAUACCUUGGGUUACAUAUGCUUCAGGUUACACACUCCACUAAGCCAGAAAUAGUGCUUCAGGUUAAGAACUUUGCUUCAGGAUAAGAACAGAAAUCGGGCUCCAGCGGCGCGGCGGUAGCAGGAGGCCCCAUUAGCUAAAGUGGUGCUUCAGGUUAAGAACAGUUUCAGGUUAAGUACGGACCUCCGGAACUAAUUAAGUACUUAACCUGAGGUACCACUGUACUAUAGUACCUGUACAAGCAUAUAUGUGUCAGUCAUAUGACUUUCAAAAGAGCAAGUAGAUUUCCUUACCUUAAUAUAGUUGAUCUUGAGAGAUCAAAAGCUUCUGCUUGGCAAACCUAAAAUGCUUUGGGCCAAUCCAGUGGAAAAUAGAAUAUAACAUUGAUUGCAUCAAGGGAAAAACAGGUGAGGGUGAGUUGGAUAUGGGCAAUUCCUCUGCUUACGGUGCUCAUCUGAUGUGAAGUAUUAAUUUCAUAAAAUGAAGGUUUUAAUACAUUCUCACUAGAGAAUCUUUAGAGUGGAAUUCAAAACUUUUAUUCACACAAAUCUCCACCUUUCACUAUUUCAUUCUGCAACCUCUAUGUGCCCCAAAAUCUGUUCCAGAGGGUCCCACAACUUCCAAAGCAGACUUUGAGGAUGUGGGGGUUGUAAGGGAGAGGAGUGGAAUGUGAAGUCUUACUGUACAAAUGGAAUGGACUCGGGCCCUUCCAGCUCUACAAUUUUAUGAUUCUGUGGAAUCUGUUCUGCAUGUUGGAUACAACCUUAAGUGCAACCUGUAAUGCUUCUAAGACUGGUAGACUUGAUUUAUGUUUACAUGGGUCUAUUUGUAGAGAAAGCUUGUCCAAGCAAUACUAGUUUGCUUUUAUAUGAUUGAAACUCAUACUGAUUUGUAUGAGUGGAAAGACAUCUUAAACCUUUUAAUUCCAAUGUAUUCAUUUACAUGAUUGUGCAUGCUUCUUUCCCUCAUGGUUUUUUUUGCACAAUGUACCGGUAAUAAUUCAUAUAUUUAAGUGCUCUUGAUUCUAGAUUAGGGCAUAUGAUUGUUUUCUCCCAAAAAAUCACAUAACAGCUGAGCAGGCAUAUGAAGGCAUAUGAAGGAACUGAUCUAUGAGAGGAAAAUAACUAUCUAGAACUCUUAUUUGCCAACAGCUGGAUACAAAGUAGCUACUAUUUUACAAUAAAGUAUGGGACGAGUAUCUUACCAUAUCAUACUGAAUCUCGGUCACACAAUGUUUUUGUUAAAGCAAAGACAACUUACUCAUUUGGCAGUGUUCACUCUUGUCCUUGCAGAUGAAACAACAGGAGGGAUCAGGGGCAUGUGGGAUGUGCUAUUCCUCAAGGAAGGGACACCAGGGAAAACCAGGACAUUUUAAGUGCUGAGGCCUGUGGGGAAAUCUGCUCAAGUUUGGGGGCGGGUACGUAUUGCCUCUGACAUUGUACUGAUUGGGUGAUGAUGCAUUAUGGUUCUUCCACCUGGACCCAUUUUAAGAUGGGUCAAUGCACGCAUGGCUGGAUGGAACUGAGAAGGAGCUCACCCAUCACCCAGAAAAUCCCAUUACCUUUAGGAAGGUUCACAUUGUGCUUUAAGAAUCUUAGCUGUAGAGGCAAUGCAAUACCUUCCAUAGAAAGAAAGAAGGCACCAAUACAUAUAUAUUUAUAAAACACACAUAUAUUUAUAAAGCAUAUUUUAUAAAAAAUAUAAAAAAAUACCUUUGUAAGUAUCUAAACCUUUUUGCUAAUUUUGCAUUUUCCCCUCCAGGAAGGAGAGAAUUUAUCCAAAGAUUAAAACUUGAAGCAACGCUGAAUGUGCAUGAUGGCUGUGUAAGUGAUUUUGUUGUUGUUGUUUAAAAAGAAUGCGUGCUUGAACAAGAAGUAAUGGUAACUGGCAUUUCCAUGACAAGAUGAACAUGAGCGUUUAGUAUUCUUCCAAGUAUAUCUACUUUAUUUUAUUUUAUUUUUUUCCCUACUGAAAAUUUGUUGUUAUAACACAUUUUUAAAAACAUGUUAGGACGUACAAGAUUGCUCUUGUAAGUGUGGUAAGAAUUUACUUCUACACCGCCUUAUUCUUACUCAGGUGAGGGACCAUCUUUUAAAUAAGUAAAGGAACCAAGGGAAUUAUUUAUUAUAGCUAUUACAGUAGGGCAGAGCUCAACUUAACAUGAUUGUUCUAGCCACUUAAGAAGAAGGUCUGCCACAAGGAGCAUCAGAACAAGGGAUUUAUAGGCACAGCACACAAAGAGUUAUAAACAUCAAAACAUAACAUUCUUAAACAUCCUUCUACAUACAUCAUGAAAGGUUACAGGUAAUGGGAUGUUUAAAAUGUAAGGCUCCUCUGCAAUUACCUUGGGGUACCCCAAGUGCCCAGGUCAUUUUGACCUCAAAUGUUGCAUUUAUGUCACUGUUCCCCUGGCAACCAGACCUUUGGCUGUGUUCUCCUAUCUCCCAGGAAGCUUCAAGGAUAGCUGAUUUUACACUCUACAGCAAACUUAAGAUAGAAUAACGUCCUGGAGGGCUAUUUGUGCCACUUUCGGGGUCAGAUAGGAAAGGAAUGCAGCAUAGUAGUAAUAAAAUACAGGCACACAAAAUCAAGCAUAAUACAUUCUAGCCAAAGGUUCAAUACAAUUAAUAUUGGAACAUUUUUAAAAUAAAAAAAAUCUACAUCCUGGGACUCUUCUUAUAUCACAAGGAAUUUGAUCUUGUGGAAUAAAGGUUUGUUGGGAACAUGAUAAUUAUUUUAAUUUUCAUACAUAUGUUUUAAAGAGUAAUCAAAAUAUAAAAAAAUAAUUUUGAUAUUUUCUUUUAUCGCUAAAAUUAAAUUCUCCCGUAUGGUCUUUCUCCAUAGACUUCAUUAUAGGAGAGUUUAGAUACUCAGUUUUUUAUUCCGGGGAUAAUUGAUAAAUGCCCCAGUGAAAACGAGUUAAUUUAGGCUGCAACUCCAUGCACACAGGGUGGAUUCCAACAUUAUUUGAGUGGAAGUCUGUUCCAUGGAAGAAUUGGAUACAAUUCUUGCCCCAUUUUUGUCCCUGGCCUUGCCUGCCGCUUUUAUGUGGCCCCUGAAAGGUUGCCCAGAAAGGAAUGUGGCUCUUCGGUUGAAAAAGUUCCCCCAACUCUGUCAUAUGUGAUGUUCUGCGGUGGUAUGAACCAAAGAGACUGCAAGUGUGAGAGAAGUACUGCUCAUGCAGCUGAAUAUACAGGUGUGAAAGUCCUUAUACAAAGUAUAUGCAUAAUUAGCUGAGCUGUGUUGUUUUCUGGUAAAGUUAGAUAGUUUGCAUCUUAACAUUGUUCACCCCUUCUUUAGAUAUUAAUUAUUGUGUUAAAUACUUGCUUACAGGUGAAUACAAUAUGCUGGAAUGAUACAGGAGAAUAUAUUUUAUCUGGAUCUGAUGAUACUAAUCUUGUAAUUACUAAUCCAUAUAGUAGAAAGGUAAGAUGAUCUGCUGUCCCUUUAUCCAUUUUUCUGAAUAGUCAAAAUGUUAUUAAUUUUUUUUUUUUGUAAUUGAAAGCUCUGUUUUUUGUGACAUUGCAUAUAUUGCUUGGUUAUUCUUUCAAAACAAAAUCUGUCCUGUGUAGGAGAGUUGCCACAAAACAUAAGUCCACCAGUUCUGCACACAAAGUUUUCAGUAUUAUCUCGAUACCAUGAUUUCUGCCUUAUUGCUCUUUAUAUUGUCUCACCGCCCCUCACCACCUUGCCGUGACAGGUGUGGGGCAGAUGGGUGUCAUUUGGGGAAAACACUUUUAGGCCAGAGAUUACUUAUCCCUGGUGUAGAACAAGAGAGUGGAUUAUGAAGAUAAAAUAGUAUGGUAGCCUGCUUUUUGGAAUAAGGUGAGAAAGAUAGAUGUGAUCAAUAUUACCGUAAUUAAAAUGUUAAGCUAAUACAGUAAUCCUUGUUUUCUAGGUUUUAACAACCAUUCGCUCAGGACACAGGGCAAAUAUUUUUAGUGCAAAAUUUUUGCCAUGCACCAGUGAUAAACAGAUCGUGUCCUGUUCAGGAGAUGGAGUCAUUUUUUUUACCAAUGUUGAGCAAGAUGCUGAAACCAACAGACAGUGCCAAUUCACAUGCCAUUAUGGAACUACUUAUGAGGUACUGAAAAUUAAUAUUUCUGUUGUAUCUUACAACUAUAAUGUCAUGAGUGCUGACUAUUGCUUAUCUAUUCUUUUUCACGCUGCAGUUUCAUAACCUAAAGUUUGGCCCAAUUAGAUAAUAUGGUCCAAAUUUUCUUGUUUACAUUCACCUCCUAUUAUUUAAGAAGAUUGCCUGGGCAUGAUUUUUUGUACCUUGCCUUUCAGUCUUCUAAAGAACACCCUCCCACCUCCAAAAAACUAUUUGUAUACUAUAAGGCAGUCUCACAUUAUCACAUUGCUUUUGUUACAACUGAUUUGAAACGCUCCUCUAUUUCAAAAUCAGCUUUCCAUGAGGUGUGCAGGUGGGAGGAUAUUUUUCAAGAAAAUAAUCUCAAGCCUCCUUGCAUACACAAGUUGUUCUAUGGUACUUUGGAUCCUGGCUUUUAUUUUCAAUUGUUUAAGGCUGUUGCCAUUUUAAAGUAUACAAUUUGUUACGUUUCAGAUCAUGACAGUCCCCAAUGAUCCCUAUACUUUUCUAUCUUGUGGAGAAGAUGGCACUGUGAGAUGGUUUGAUACUAGAAUCAAGACAAGUUGCACAAAAGAAGAUUGUAAAGAUGUAAGAGACACUUUUAUAAGAGGGUGUGAAUAAAGAGCUAUAUUGUUUUCAGAACCUGAGAUCUCAUGAUCCUAGCCUGCUUUGGUCCUGAUGCUGUGAAAUCUAGUGAGGUGACCAUGAACUAUAUGAAGAAAAAAUAUAAUUUGUUAUUUUUGAAAUAUGUAUUACUUAUCUGCCAUAUCAUAAUACUAUAAUAUUGAACAGAUAUGAAAAACUUGAUUUGGUUUGAAUUCAGGCUUUUUAUGAACUAUUUGAUAUGUUACAGCACUUUGUUAUGGAGCAUCCUUAAACUCAUUGAUAAUUAGAUAACAUAAGAAUCAAUCCAGCUAUGAAAAUAAUUUACCAAAUUCUUUAUGACUGUAAUAGUAAUAGGAUUUAUUUUUCUAAUUUAUACAGAUGCAUACCAAAAGAGUUGCUUCCAAGUAUGCAUUUUACUUAACUAUUUUACCUCAUUUUUAUAGGCUAUACUCAGUAUUGUUCCUUUUUAUGUUGAAACUAUUUGCAGUACUUAAUCUCAUUGCGUUGCUCUUUACAUCCAAUUAUCUGUACAUAAAUCUAUUCUAGCCCAAUCCUUUUAAAGUAGCUUAGGCAAUCCCUGCCCCUUGUGAUUCACUUUCUGGCCUCUUUUUAUGAGAAAAUCUUAGACAGAUGAAAGCUUUGUGUUUACAGCUGCAAGUUGAUGUUACUAAACAAUGCUUUUGUUUGCUUAGUCUUUUUGUUGUGGCCAUACCCGUCUGUUGUCCAAUAACAUGCUUAAAAUAUAUAUUAACAAGGACCAGAGUUGGCUUUUUCUAAAACACAACCAUAUUGAUUUUUUUCUAGGAUUGUAUUAGUUGGUGUGAUUUAAUGCCACUUGUUCUUGUACAUUUUAAACAAGUGCAAUAUUUUCCUUUUGUUCUAGGAUAUUUUAAUAAACUGUAGGAGGGCAGCCACCUCUGUAGCUAUUUGCCCUCCAAUACCAUAUUAUCUUGCAGUUGGUUGCUCCGAUAGUUCAGUAAGAAUUUACGAUCGACGAAUGCUUGGCACAAGAGCAACAGGUAGGACAAUACUUGCAUGAUAUUGUAAAACAGCUGACUUUUGAGUACCAUAGUUGAAGAUUAUAGGAUGUGAACCUCUUAAUGAGAUGAUUUAAUGAAAAAUAUAUUUUCUGCAUAAACGCAGAACUUCUCAUAAUUUUUAAAUUUAUGCUCAUGAAAGCUUGUAUCACACUUUAGAAAGUCUUCUGUAAUGUGGACUGAAAAGUAUUGAUAUCCUAAAGUGAUAUUUUGACUAUGAUUCAGAGGCAUGUAUGCACAUUGGCAUUAUUUUAAGUCCCAUAGAGCAAUUCUUCUCUCUGACCUGCUCUUUAAAAUUGACCUUCUAAGAACAGUUUUCAGGUUUGCUACAAGAGCUGCUGGAAAGUCCAACUUAAGGGGGGUGGGAUGGAUUCUCUCACUGAAUAAAUUUGAGUGAACUCCUUUGAUUUGCAGCCAUGGUAAAUAAAUGAAGAAAUUCUGCUGUUCUUUCCAUUUAGUGGUUUUGAGUAUUAAGAAUUGAUGGUGGUCUCAGUGUUCAUGGUGCUUUUCAGAGAAUAUCUACAAAAGGGCAAGCCCUGGCCCUUCAUAGAACUGACAACCUAAAAUUUGACUAGGGAGUAAUAUUGAGGCAAGGAUAAAUGGGAGAAUAUGAAAACAGUUCAAUUACAUGCAUUUAGGCUUGAUUUCAGUAAAAGUUAAGAACUUGAGUUGUGCACUUAAUGUAGCUAAAAAUGCCUAGAAAAGGUUGCAGAAUGUGAUUUAUUAUUGCUCUACUCUUUGUUAGAAAUUAUGAGGUGAGGAAAAAGCAGAUGGAUAGAUGGAUAGGAUAGAAAGUUUCCAUAGGGAGAGUGAGGUUAAUGUAAGUACUGUGGAAUUAUUUUAUAGUCUCAUUGUGAUAUUAAUACUUUGAAUCUAAAUUUCUGUUUAGAUAAAAUAUUCUAACUAAUAUUAGUACAGUUUCUGUUUCCAAAUACUGUACGUGAUCCCAGUUGGAAAUUAUGUAGCCAACUUGGUAAUGUACAACAAUAUCGUGUAACCAAUCACAUUGGAUACGUGGCCAGUUUGGAAUGACAGUAGACAGCUUUUACUCUGAAUUGGUGAAUGCUUUCAUUUCAUUGUGCCCUCCAAAAAUCGGCAAAGAGGAGGUGCAGUGUAUGUGGCUUUAAAUUGUAGCAAAAUGGCAAGUAACCGGGGCAUGACUGAGGUUUGUAAAAGAAUGCAGUGUGUAAAAAAAUAGACACAUUUUAGGACUAAUAUACACAGUACAGGCAUCCGUUGCAUGUAAUUUACUUGCGCACCACCAUGUAUAUGAGUGGUGCUAGGAAAUAAAAAAUUCAAUUCAAACCUGGAAGUGGCAGGAUAAAGUUGAACAGUCCUUGCAAAGAGAGCCUCCCCAGAGCCUGAAGAGGAUAUCAGUGAGGACGGAGGAAGCCCCGAAGAGACCUGAGGUGCAGCAGAGCUUUGUUUACACUGCUCAUCCUCCCCGCCUAACAGCUGAUGGGGGUAGUGCAGCAGCAGUAGCUGCUUUCCCAUGCAUCCUCCAGCUUCCUGCUAGCCCCAGAGCUUCAAUUGUAGUUGUGGAUGUUUUUGGAUAUGGUAUUUUUGGUAUGGAUUGAAGAGAGAGUGGUAGAGAGGGUGUUUAGAGGGUGCUCUUGUUGUCUCUAUGCAAUUUCAGUUAUGCACACGGGGUCUUGGGUGGUAACUCCCCAUGUAAGUUGGUUGAUGCCUGUACUUCUUUAGACAAUUCAUGGUUAGCUUUCACUACCACAAAAUGUGAUGGUUUAGACCAGGGGUGGCCAACUUCCAAGAGACUGCGAUCUACUCACAGUUACAAACUAGCAGAAGGCUUAUUUGUAAAAAGACCAAACUCUCUUUCAGCUCAGCACUGGAAAGUGUGUGUGUGUGUGUUUAUAUUGAUUAGAAUAUGUGUAAUGGAAAAUUAAUUCAAUUAUUUUUUAAUGUAGGUAAUUAUGCAGGCCGGGGUACCACAGGAUUAGUGGCACGUUUUGUUCCUCCCCAUCUGAACAACAAAUCCUGUAGGGUAACAUCUCUAUGCUACAGUGAAGAUGGCCAAGAAAUUCUUGUGAGCUAUUCUUCAGAUUAUAUAUACUUGUUUGAUCCCAAGGAUGACACAGCUAGAGAACUUAAAGUUCCGUCUUCAGAUGAAAGAAGAGAAGAAGUAAGUGUUCCAUGGUUACUCGUGUUAAAAUGAUUUUGAAGACAAAAGAGAGUUAAUAUAUAAUAAUAUGUAAUGCUAAGCCAAGCCAUAGUUUAGCAUAAAGACAGACCCCAGGAAAGGAGAUCGUUGCCAUUUGCUUCUCCAGUUUAUUAUUAUUUAUUGAAUUUAUAUACCGCCCUAUACCCAGAGGUCUCAGGGUGGUUCACAGAACAAAAAAUAGCAGUUUCCCAGCUUUUGCAAUGUUUUGAGCUAAUCUGUGGUUUGGAUUACUAUGUUGUCCAAACUUGGGCUUGUGGUUUGUCUCACUCCAGAUAAACCACCAAUCAGUUUGAACAACAUGCUAAGCCAAACUAUGGCUUAGCUCACAGCACUGCAGCAGCAGGACUGGAGGAGCAAAACUCCCACUAAGCCAUGAUUUGGCUUAGAAUUAUGUGCAAAUCAUUUAAUUAGCUGUAUUGGAAAAUGUUUAUUAUUUAAAAAGGUGCUGUGCCUUAGUGCCAUUUUGAAACAAGACAUCAGUAUAAUUUUAAUGUUAGGUUAUUAGAUACAGAUUUUGCUUGUAGAUUGAAAUUCAGAUCCUACUAAGCUGAGCAAAUAAUUAGAAAUAUCUUCUAUAAGAUUGAUUUAGUGAGAACCUAUACAAUUAUCCUGACUCGAAAAAUAUUUAAAUAACUGUAUUAAAUACACCGUUAGUUACAUAUACUGUAGUUACAUUUAAAAUACACAUUUUAGUUAGAGUGGAUAGGUUUUCAUGUAAAUGACAGUAGUUGCUUGUGCACACGUUGCUUGUUGUGCACAAAUUUGGCCCCUGUCAACCUGUAAUAUGACUGACCUUCCUUCCAUUAAAACACCAUAAAAUUCACUAAUUUUAGAUGACUGCUUGUAUUGGACAAAGAAAAUAUUUCAAUUGUAUAGUGUUAAAUCGUGAUCAAAUUACAAAUAAAACUGGGAGGUUUCUCAUUUGCCAUGGUGUUUUGGUAUUCUGAAUAUCUUCAGAUGUAAACCUGCCAGUCUGUUCCAAGCUAUGGCUGCAAAAACUUUCUGGACCAGUUUACCAAUAUGUAAUUCUACUCUAGAUAUAGAAGCAGCCAUGUGUUGAUAACAGAAUGUUUCCUUGAAGACAGAAAUAGCAACAUGAAGAGUUCAUCUGGCACUAUAUGUGAGAAUCAAUCAAUAAUAUUACCCCUGCCCCAAAAACUGUCCUGUCCCACAUAUGAAAAAAGGAAGUCUGUGUUGUUAGCAAGCUAUAUGUAAACUCUGAAGUUUUUUUUAAAUAUAGAAAUGUUGAUAUAUAUAAAAAAUAGUUUAUUAAAUGUGUCCUCCCCACUGCCAAUAAUAUUGAUUCAGUCAUUUCAAUAAAUUCUACAAAAUGUGAUGACUAGAAUUCAAAAGAACCACACUAGUUUCACAUGCCCUUGGGCUUGCAUUUCUUCAAUAACUGUCAGAAAGUUUUUCUGAUGUUUAGUCGGAAUCUCCUUUCUUGUAACUUGAAGCCAUUAGUUCAGGUCCUAGUCUUCAGAGCAGGAGAAAACAAGCUUGCUCCAUUUGAAGAUGGCUAUCAUAUAUCUUCUCAGUCUUCUUUAUUCCAGGUUAAGCAUACCCAGUUCCCUCAACCAUUCCUCGUAAGGCUUGGCUUCCAGACCCUUGAUCAUCUUGGUUGCCCUCUGCACACAUAGUAUGGCAAGAAUGUGACUUGGUGAGCCUUGAGCUUGAAUGUGCCCCCUUUUCCCGCUUACUGUGGUGUAGCUCUGAGGAGGAGUUUGGAAGCUUUCACUUCCAUUUUUGCUUCACUACAGCUUGUCAUGUGGACUGAACUUCUGAAAUAUGGUUAAUGUUUCUUUGAAACAAGCCAACUUUUAACCAAUGAUUUCAAGUUCCAGUGGCAUGUCAGGUUGUGGUUAAGGAAGAACAGGAGCAAAAGCUUCUGAACCCCUCACAGCAAUGCCAGAGGAAUGGGGAGGAAGGGAGCUAGAGGCUCACUGCAGCUCAUUCACAUCAUGCUAAACUAUGACUUAGCAGAUGGGUACCCAAUGUGCUCUUCAACUCCCAUCAGUCUCAGCCAGCACAGCUAGUGGUCAAGGAUGAUGGUAGCUAGCAAUAUCAGGAGCGCACCAUGUUGGUUGUUAGCAUGAUACAUGAACACUGCCAAUAUCUUUAUUAUGUAUGUUCAAGUGAAAAUCACCCAUUUCUUAGCUCCGCUUCAGUGUAACUAUCAUGUGCUUACCUGACCACCUGAAUAUCCAAAUGUUCCACAUGGCUGAAUCUGGACUGAAAAUUCCUGCAGUGUUGCAGGUGUAGCUGGUGAAAGCUAUGUUAACUGAUCUCUUGUUUCAACUACUAUUUAAAUUUAGACUAGUACCCAGUGGGUUCUAUCCAGGUGUAUAAAAUGUCUGGUCUGCUCAUGUGCUGCAGUCACUUCUGAUACUCUCCUCUGAGUGUCCCUGCUGCUAGAGUCCGUGGCUGUGAGCUGUGACAUGAGCAUUGUUGGUUGUGGUGUUCUUUUGGUGGCAGGCAAAUACUGUUUUUGUCUCUCAGCCCUUAAAAAAAGAAAGAACUAAAUUAUGUUGGUCCUUCCAUUGCUUUUGAUUUAUUAUUGAGAUCUGGUACACAUGUGUUUCAUGUUCAAACUUCUGCUCUACCUCUGAGGAUAAGGAAAGAUGCAAAAUAUGCUAUAAUGUGAUAUGUACCUUGAGCAUAAGAUUUGCAUGUUGAGGACACAGUUCCACUUCUACAAUUCAGUUUUAUAGCUUCCCCAGAUAUAUACAAUUGUAUUAAAAAUAUAUGAAUAUUUUGGAACAUUAAAAUAUGUGUUCACUGUUGCCAUACUACCUUAGUCAUCUUCUUUUGAUUAUCAUCUGUAGCUAAAGAGACUUACAGUCAUACCUCGGUUACAGCCGCUUCAGGUUACGUCUUUUUGGGUUGCGGACCACCGAAACCCAGAAGUACUGGAACGGGUUACUUCUGGGUUUCGGCGGUUGCGCUUGUGCAGAAGCGCUGAAUCGCAACCCACGCGUGCACAGACGCAGGUUGCAAACGCUGCGGGUUGCGAACGUACAUCCCGCACGGAUCACGUUCGCAACCCGAGCAUCUACUGUACUAGAGUUGCAGAAAACAACAAGUUUAUCCUUCAUUCUUGACAGGGCUGAGAGUAUAAAAAGAUUGCUGACAAAUACAGGCUAAGUUUUAGUGAAAUAAUUAAGGCAUUCAAUCCUUUACCCACUUACGUGGAAUUAAACUCCAUUCUCAAGUUUCAAUCAAGUUUCUUUGUAGGCAUUUUCUAUACCUAUCUAUCUAUUUUCUCAUUUAUGAACUUUUGAAAGUCCAUAAUAAAAAAUAUUGAAGUGGUUUACAUAAAAUAAAAAUAAAAUACAACAUCCACUAAAAUCUUCUAAAAAGAUAAAAACAAAAUGCAACAGACUCUCAAAAAUAGAACUGAAUGGUAUACAAAUAACAAUAACUAUUGUAACUGUGUUUACAUAGAUUACUUCACCUCAUAUGACAUAGCAGAUUGAAGGGUUUUGCAGUGGCAAAAUCUGAUUUGUGAUCCAUGGAUACAAAUUAAAUAUAUGUACAAACAUUUUUCACUGGCAGAUGUAUACCUUAAAUAUUAGGCAUAUUAAAUAUGUAUUACUGUAUAUUUUAUUUCAUUUAAAAUAUUUUAUCCUAGCUUUUCAGCCAAAGACAUUAUCACAAGAUAAAUAAAACUGUUUAUAAUAUAAAAUCUCAGCUGUUUUACAGUUGGAUACAGCAUGUAGAAGAUCUUUCCCUCUCCCACCCAAGUGGGUAAAAGUCUAAUUGAGUACCCCUAAAGUACCCCUUGGAUACAGAUCAGUUCAGAUCCAUUAUGACUGCACUGGCAUAGUUUGUUUCCUAAGCUGUAUUAGUAAUUAAAGCAGAUUAAUUAACCCAGAUCAACUAAGCUGAGAAAGCAUUUAGCCCAAAUUUUUAGAUUCCUUCACUCAAAAAACGAGAAUUUCAGCUUUGGUUUAAUAUUUUUACCUUUUCAGCUUAUUACAGAAAUAAAAUGUUUACAUCUUAAAUGCCCCUCUUGUCAUUAUUUCUCUAGUUACGGCAGCCUCCUGUCAAACGACUCCGACUAAGAGGAGACUGGUCAGAUACUGGACCAAGAGCAAGGCCUGAAAGUGAGAGAGAAAGAGAUGGUAAUAUCUUGUCUUUUGUAGCUUGAUUUCAGUUCAAAAUCUGAAUCAGUGAAUAACAGAUUAUCCUGUUAUUCAUUUCUGGGAUUUAUGUUUUAAAAAUGGUAUUCCUAGCUAAAAGUGAACACUGGUUAGUCAGAUAGUGGCACCUUGUUUUACUUGAAGCAAAUUCCAACUUUCUGGUUUUUCCAGUAACCAAGCCUUUUCUUACUGCUUUUAUCAGCCUUAGUUCAAGUCAGCAAGGUCACUGGCCCUUAAUAACAUGUACAACAUGAAUAUAGCAGCUCUUAUCAAACAGACUACUCAUGCUUGGUUGAAUCUGGAGAGGGAAAUUGUAGAUGGAUUGAAAUCUCAAGCUGCCAGAUCUUAACAUGUAGGAUUUUCCCUGUCCUAGUUCCUCACUACUGAAAUGAAUUUGGUAUUCUCUUGCCACCAACAGGAGGAUAGAGGAAUUGCCAGUUAAAAGCUUGUGUACAGGUCAUGAAAUUACUCAGCUGGGAUCACUUUUCCCUGCAGACAGUGAGUCAAACACUACAACUCUUGGCUGAAGCAAUUAUAGCAGAGAAGGGGUUUUUUUCUCAUCCCUUUUUUCUUUGUAAUAGUGUAAUUAGGUAUGAUCAAACAGCUGAAAAAAUGAAACCAGCAAAGCCGCACAGACAGCAUUUUUAAAAUUUUGUUUAAAACAGUUUCUGAACAAUGAAGAAUGAGAAAACCAAUAUGUUGAAAAAACAUAUUGAGAAAUAUUUUCACCUUUCAGAGAUGUAAAUAUGCAAGAUUUCAAGUAGCAGAAGGAAAAAAUGUACUGUGCUACUUCACAGUAAAAGGAUUGACACCUCUCUUUAUAUAUAGGUGAACAGAGCCCUAAUGUUUCAUUAAUGCAAAGAAUGUCUGACAUGUUGUCAAGAUGGUUUGAAGAAGCAAGUGAAGUUGCACAGAGCAACAGAGGAAGAGGACGAUCUCGGUCUAGAGGUGAAUGUUCUUAACUGCCUUCAGCAUGAAAUGACAAGGGGAUUUUUGAAAUAAAAGGUAGUAAUCAACAUUUUUUAAAAAUGGCACACUUGGCAUAGGAACAUGAGAAAAGCCAUCUGAAUCAGGCCAGUGGCCCAUUUAGUCCAGUAUCCUGUUCUCAAGGUGGCCAACUAGAUGCUUAUGAAAAGACCAAAAGCAGCGCUCUCACCACUUGUGCUUCCCAGCAACUGGUAUUCAGACACACUGCCUCUGACUUUGGAGGUAGAACCUAGUUAUUGUAGCCUAGCCUAGUAGCCAUUGAUAGCCUUAUUGUCUUUGGAUUUCCUUUCUCCUCAGUCUUCCAGCGUCAUCAGAUAUAUCUUAAUUCUAGGGCUAUGAUGGAGGGGGAAAAACUUUUCUCUAAACCAAAAAGCUCCAAAAUUUCAACCUUCUUCACAGGAGACUUGCUCCACCCCCUUGAUAUUUUUUUCCAGCUGUACAGCAUCCUUCAUGAAAUGAAGUGACAAGAAGUGAGCACAGUAUUCCAAGCGCAGUCAUAUAUAGGAUUGUAAUAUAUCUGGAUUUUCCCAAACAUGUCCUCUUUUUCAGGUUUAAAAUGUCUGUCAGGGAAGAUUUUUGAAAUUUGGCAAAAUGUCUGGCUUUUUUUCUUUUUUACAACAAAUUGACUGCUCUUUUGCAGAGUAGACAGUCUCAUAUAAUGUAUGUGUGCGUGCAUGUGUCAUAUAUAGUGUCUGUAUGUAUAUAUUUCAUCCUCGUGGCACGCACACUUCAAUAGCACCUACCGUCUGCCGGUGUGCUUGGUGCCCAUUGUGUAGGAGUGGGCGGGUGGGCAACCCUAUACCAUAUAUUAGUACAAUGGUAUUCUGAUAUUAGCAGUUUUAUUUUCAGUUCCUUUCCUAAUGAUCCCUAGCAUGGAAUUUGUCUUUUACAGCAGCAGCUUCACACUGGGUCAGCAUCAUAAUUAAGCUAUCCACUACAACCCCAAGGUCUUGUUCGUGGUCAGUCACUCCAUGAGUGUAUAUGAAAUUAAGAUUUAUUUAUUGAUGCAGUGUGUAUCACUUUACAUUUGUUUAUAUUGAAUUCCAUUUGCCAUUUUACUGCCCAUUCACUCAAUUUGGAGAGAUCCUUUGGAGUUUAUCAUAAUAUUUUUGGUUUUAAACACUGAAGUAUUGGGUACCAUCAGCAAACUUUGUUAUCUCACUGCUCACCCCUUAUUCAAAGUAAUUUAUAAAUAAGUUAAAAGAUACAGGUCUGAAGUGGGAGGACUCUACUUUCUACAUCAUCCAUUGGGAGACUAUCCUAUUAUUCCUGCUCUCUGCUUUGAGUGAUUUGACCCUCCUGAUGUUCCCUUUCAACUUUAUUUUUUACAAUCCCCUAAUUUUUGGGAAAUUCGUCUUUUGAAGUCAAAUGUGGUUUGUGUUGGAUUUUCUUGGCAAUUGUCCAUUUACAUAUAUGUAAGUUCAGUAGCAGUAUGCUCAGUGUUUCCAGUUGGUUUAAUGUAGAGUUGAAAGUGUACUGUGCUGAAGAUAUUCUUUGUUUCAAAUGUGACAUGGUAUGAGAGUCCUCUUUUUAAAAAUAAAGUUGCUGGUUUUUUUAAAGGUGGCACCAGUAGAUCAGAUGUCUCUGCUGCUGGCAGUGUCUUAGCAAGUGCUGAAACAGAGGCCACAAUGGAAGUAGAUGGUCCUGAACAGCUGCAAUCAUCAUCAUCUACAGUGUCAGCUCAAGCUCCCUCAACAUCUUCCUCGACUGAAAGCCCCCCAUCUACUUCCUUGCUAUCCUCUCCUGAUAACGAACAAAGGCCAUCUUUGGAGACCCCUGCACCGCCUACACUCCAUCAGUCUGGUAUGUUGGAAUUAAAGUUUCCCUCUUUGAACACUUUAUGUAUCUCAUCUAUAUAGGUUGUUGAAUGUGUGGAAUUAUGGAAUGUGGAUUUAUUAUACCAAUAAUCAACUAAGUUGUGUAUGUGGUAGUCGAGGAAUAUGUACUUCCAGAAAGAAGACACUCAGGUGGAGUGACUAAUCAUUUAGUUGUAUAAAGACUACUAUUAUUUUAAAUAGCCUUUCACUCAAAGCUCUGUGAUGUUGGAGUUUGGCUGUAACUUGCUACAACACAGUCAGUUAUCUGUUGUGAUCUGCCUCCCAAAUGGCAUGAAACAAAAUAUCUAGUUCUCUGUCAUCUAUCAUCAGGGCUCUCCCUCAGCAUUUUUAACAUUUUUGAAUAUUACAGGAACCUUUCCUGAAUUGCAUCCUAUUUGGUUGACAGUUUCCCCAGCCAUCUGGGACUUAACUAUUAAAUUAUUCUGACUAUAGUUGCUUUGACUAGAAAUAAGAUUUUUUUUGCACAGGUAAUGUAUUAAAGCUGAAGUAACUCCAUUUUAUAACUUAAACUAGCAAGACUAGAAACUUUGGGUGGGCUCCAAAAAUGUGCUCAAGGGCUUGGAUUUGCCAUAUCACAAACUGCUUUUGAAAGAUUCCUCUUUUUCAAAAGUUGCUUGCUUUGUGGCGUUGGGUUUACUGUUGAAGAAACAUGAGUACAGUGGAACCUCGGGUUACGUACCAUCUUCCUUACGAACGCUUCGGGUAACGAGCUCUGCAAACCUGGAAGUAGGUGCUCCUGGUAGCGCAGCAGCAGUGGGAGGCCCCAUUAGCGAAAGUGCACCUCAUGUUAAGAAUGGUUUCGGCUUAAGAAUAGACCUCUGGAAUGAAUUAAGUUUGUAACCAGAGGUACCACUGUAUAAAGACUCCUUUGACACAUGCAGCUAAUUGUGCUGUUCUUUGGGUUCAUGAUCACUGCAGUUUGCACAGUUAUGUUAAGUAACCUUUCCAACAAUUGUUAUCUCUUUAAUUGCGGUAAAAACAUCAUAGGCAAAAAUUAAACAACACAUAAUCAUAGAGAUUUUGGUUAUUAUAGCACUUCAUUUUGUACUACUUCUGCAUCUGUGUUCAUGCAGUUUGAUACAUUUGCUGCCAUGAUAUAAAUAGAAAGCACUUUCCAGGCCCCCUGCAUCUCUUAUACAUACUUGAUUUGGGCUUUUCUACCUAUAGAUGUGUGCCAACUUAUCUGUGCUCCGAUGGCCAUAUCCUUUAGCAGUAGGAGAUACAGUUUCUCAUUUAUCAAAACGCAAGAGCUCACAGUAGACCUAUUUCCCUUCAGAAAUGGAGUGGCAUGUGUACAGAAUUUGGUAGCUUUGCUAUUUGAAUUGUUGGGAACUUAUCCUUCCAACAUAUGCCAUGGCUUCCUUUCUCACUCUCUCUGUCCUGUUGUCAGAAUACACUUUUUUCAGACAAAAAUCUGCAACUUUACCAAGUACAGUUAUAGAGAAUAGGAAAGAAAUGAGGCUUCUAAAGUAAGUACUAUAGGGAAAUGGACUUCAGAACUGCAAGUUUUGCUUCAGAGGACGUACCAAGAGGAAUAGUAUUGGAAUUAUGCUCAUUUUGUUAGGCUGCUUCACACUUUACAUUCUGUUUUACAAUGUCAUUCCAUUGUUUAAUUAUAUGUUUUAGAUUGGUUUAACUGUAAAUUGUGUCAAUUUGUUGGAAGCCGCUUUCAGGACAGAAAGAUGAUGUAGGCUUUUCUAUCCUAUAUACAGUGCAGCACAGUAUAAGGGAAGCUGUACAAUUGUGUUUGAAAACUAUUGUACAUGGGGUAUUUCUGUGCAGAAAAAAAAUGUCAUGUAUGAAGAUGCCAUAAAAUUAAUAUAUUGAAACCCUUCCACUGCCUGAAGCCCUGCAAUUUUCAUGAAUGAAACUGAGAGAUCAAGUAAAAGUUUUCAUUUAAUAAGCUGGGCAAAGGCUAAUGAACGUUAGGAGGCCGGUUAAGAGUCAUGCUCCAUUAUUCCCACAUUCCUCAAAUAUAUUGCAUCCUUAGUCGCACUGGCAUUUUCAAGUCUAUCUAGUUGCUGGCUGCUGCUCAACUGUGUGCCUCCUCCAUGAGAGGUCUGGAGGGUGGCAACAUGAGAAUGGACCUUUUCUGCUCCCCAUUAGUGGAAUUCUCUUCUCAGGGAGUCUUGCCUGGUGCCUUCAUUAAUAUCUUCAGGCGCCAGGUGAAAAUGUUUUCUAUAACCAGAUCUUUGGCUGAUUAAUAUUCUAUGACCUUUUAAACGUGUUUGUGAUAUGGGGAAAUAUUGGUUUGUUUUUGUUUUAUUAUGUAUUUUGUGUUCUCAUUUUAUAUUUUUAUGUUAUGAACUGCCCCAUGAUUUUCAGAUGAAGGGUAGAAUGCACAUUUGAUUACAUAAUAAUAAUAAUAAUAAUAAUGCUAGUUUUGUAGUUCUUUGAAUCCUGACCCUAGGUCUUCAGAUCUUUCAGAGGAAAAAUGUUUAUAAAUAAAUAUGUAAAAAAUAAUUGCUAUAGCAAAUGGAUUAUAGAAUUGUUUUCUCUUAUUUUUACUUUUCUCUCAAACUGCUUUGCAUGCUCAUGCAUAGUACAGUGGUGCCUCGCAAGACGAAAUUAAUUCGUUCUGCGAGUUUUUUCGUCUUGCGAAUUUUUCGUCUUGCGAAGCACGAAAUCCCAUAGGAAUGCAUUGAAAAUCCAAAAGGAAACAAACUUGCAAGACGUUUUCGUCUUGUGAAGCAAGCCCAUAGGGAAAUUUGUCUUGCGAAGCAACUCAAAAAACGAAAAACUCUUUCGUCUUGCAAGUUUUUCGUCUUGCGAGGCAUUCGUCUUGCGAGGUACCACUGUAGUCCUUUAUGACUUUAAAAUAUUGCUUGUUCAGCUAUAAUAUGGAGUUACUCCAGAUAGUUAUCAGAUUCGUAAAUGUUGAGACUUUUACAAAGUUAAAUUACUGUCUGUUGAGAAAGUAGCUAUUAUUCACCUAAGUGAAUCUGGUUACAACUUUUGUGUUCCAGAAGAGUUAGUACCUUUGUGCUAUACAUUGUGUUUGCAUGUAACAUUGAACCAUAGUAUAAUGCUGCAUGGAUGAGUCUGAACAAAUACAAGCAAAGGAUUGAACACUCUCCACUUACUUCAUCCUGCAUGGACAAGAAUGAAUCAUUGCAAGAGUUCAGUUUUAUGAAAUCUCUGCAUAGCAUUAUGUUCAAACCAGAGACAUCAACUCUCGCUUGUUUAGUAAACCAAUUUCAUAACCCAUAGUUUGAAGUUGGCUUACUACUGUUGAUGUAAGAAUUAAGAGACCAAGGGUGUAGAUUUUGAUUUUUAAAAUGUUCCAAUAUUAAUUUUAUUGAACCUUUGGCUAGAAUGUAUUCGGCUUGAUUUUGUGUGCCUGCACUUUGACUCCUUUGCUGCAUUCCUUUCCUAUCUGACCCUGAAAAUGGCACAAAUGAUCACGAAGGAUGUUUUGUUAUAUUUGUUUUGAGUUAGCACCAGGGUGAAAUCUGGCAUCUCCUUGAAAAGUUCCGAGGAAGAGAUAGGGACAGGAAUGUCAACAACCCUGUCUAGGCCUGAUUGCUAAGGAAACAGUGAUAAUGUAGGACAUUUGAGUCCCAAAUGGCCAGAGCAGUUAGGGACACCCCAAGGUAAUUAUGGGGGUGAAGUUAACGGUAUGAAGCCAAUGCGUGUUUUACCUCUCAUGACCUGUAACCUUUCUUGUUGUAUGUAGAAGGUUGUUUUGGAAUGUUUUGAUGUUCAUGACUCUUUGUGUGCUGUGCCUAUAAAACCCUUGUUCCGAUUCUCCUUGUGGCAGACCUUCUUCUUAAGUGGCUAGAACAACCAUGUUAAGUUGAGCUCUGUCCUAUUGCAAUAAUAUCUAAUAAAGUCCAGGUCCCUAACUGGAUCUGCUGGAGCUUGCUGUAAUUCACUUGGUUCCAUGUUUUGUUUAAAAGCUGUUCCCUUACCUGGGUAAUGAACAAGUGGUGUAGAAAUAAAUUCUUACCACACUGUGAAACUGACCAGAGUUUGGUUUAAAGCAGGACCUCUGGUUCAAAUGCAUUGCAGAGCAGAGAUUCCUUAAAAGUAAAACUAAACUCUGACAAUGUCCUCCUGUCAGACAAGAAGGGGUAUGAGGGGAGCACAAAAAUGUUUUCCUUAGGCUCAUUCAUGUAGUGCUGAACUAUGUUUUAUUGUUGCUUGUGAGCUAAGCUGCUGUCUCUGGCAGAGUUGCUAUGUGAACCAGGUAAUGUAACUCAACAGAGAGAAUACAAUUUCUACUUAGCUUAUUCCAUUUGCAGAUGGCAUUACUGUCAUUGGGGAACUUUCAUGACUUUCCUUUUCCCAUGCUAUGCAUUAUGGGUGUGUGCAUGCAUGUUUCUUGAGACGCUUUAUUCUCUCAUGAAAAAUCAAAUCAUCCAAACAAUUAGAUCACAAUAAUAAUAAUAUUGUAUUUUACUGUGUUGUGGCUGUUACAGCCAAACUUUUCUUUAGGCUAAAUAGUCUAAACAAGUUAAGUAUUAAAACCAGUUUAAAAUUAAUUUCCUACCAUUACAGCUUAAAUGAGCUGUUACUCAGAGACCAUUAGAGUUUUGUAAGCUUGGUUAUGAAACAGACUGAUCUAAUUAAUAGUAAAUAUGCAAAGAUAUCUAUAUGCCUACAUUAAGUCAAACACCAGCUGAUCUUCCCUACCUAUAAAAAUAUUAUUAAAAUCAGUAAUUUUAAAGGGGAACUCACUAUUUUUUCUCCACCUGUGCUUGUAGUUCCUGUUCUUAUCCAUUUUUAAUCUGUUGACCAUUUCAGUAGAGUUAUCCAUUUCAGCAAAAAUGCUGCUGCUUCUUUUUAGUAGACUUUGGUAACCACAAGUUUCUCACUUCUCAAAGAAUCAUUUUGAAACAUUGGGCUGCAUCAAAUAGUGCCUUUGCCUUAUUGGAAAACACUUCUGCUUACAUAAGUUAGGGCACCCGAUUUUUGCUGACUGCUCCCUUGGUGAGGAGGACCCUUCUAAGUGCUGAGGGAUCCUCCUGAACAGAAUGGUGUAUGUCUCAGAGGAAUGCAUUAGUUGAAGGGAGGAGAAUCUGCCAGAAUCGAGUGCCCCAGCUUAUGUGAGCAGAAGUGCUUUCCAAUAAUUUCUCCAAUAUUUGUCUGCCUUUGAAACACUUUGUACAUUAUUUCCCCCCUAUACUGAGAUAGUCUUCAUGUAAUUUUUAAAAAUGUAUUGUAACAUGUGUAGAAUAACACAAGGGGAGAUUGGACUGCUGAUCUAUGCAGAAGUUGUCCAUUCUGAGUAUCUGCAUUAUGAAAAAAAUGAUGUCACUCUUUCCCUUAUUACAAUAUACACAAAUCUUUCUACAUCAAGCUUCUCUCUCUGUAUUGGGGAAAAAAGUAUGAGAUAAGUUUCUUAUUUCAGUACUGUAUUGGUCUUAAGGUUACUUCCCAGUCUCAACUGUGUUUUAUCACAUACCUUCUCUAUUUGCUACAAAAAAAAUACUCAUAAAUAGGGAAUGUGUGGCUGCAUUACUUAUGAAAAUUUUGUAUUAGGAUUUAAAAACAGAAUCUGGUAGGAAGAGUCACUUUUUAAGAACUGUGCUAGUCAUGCUUCAGUUCUCUCUUCUUCCUAAUACCAUGAUGUGUAAUGCAAAAGAAAACUUUUAAGAGAAAGUGUCAUUUAUUGUACAAAGGAUAGUCUAGGAAAGCUCCAUAUGUAUGUGUUUCAUAUCAUCAUGCUUUUUUGGUACAUUAUUCUUUACUUAAAUGGCUAAAUAAUUGGGUAAUAGUUGGAGACAAUGAAGCAUGAAUAAUGAGCUUCAUAAUUCCUAUAAUUUAGAAAGGAAAUAACCAAUAAAACACAUUUUAUUUUCCUUCUGAAUAUUAGUAGUUUGCUUUUAAACAAAACGUUUGCUGCUUUUAUUUCUCUACUCAAUAUCUAUUACCUCGCUCUUUAGUCUUUAUGUUCUUUUUAUCCUAUGUUCUAUGCCUGUUUCUUUUUACACCCUUUUUUUCCUGUCUGUCAGAAUUAAUGGCGCCUGAGUUAGCUAUACUCCGUAGGGGCCUGCAGCGGCUGAGGCUUAAGAAGGCUGAACAGCAGAGACAGCGAGAGCUAGCUGAGGGUUCAGCACAACAGUCCUCCAGCUCUGAUCAGUCUUCCCCUAAGGGAUCCCCACAGGACCCUCAGCCUACAGGUUGUCAUUUGUCAAGGUUUAUUAAGCAGCUGGUGUAGUUACAUAGUUUGUGCUGCUAUUGUUUGCUGAGAUGCUUCCCCUCAAGAACAAGAGAGUGAAUGCAGUUGCUUCUUGCGUGUUCUUUGCAUUUGGUGGUGUUCAUUCAUCACAGUGCUCCAAAGUAACUAAUACUUGGCUGAAUAUCUUCUUACUUCUGUAACAAUUUUGUUAAGUAUAGUUCCUGUUUGAAUAAUAUCUGAUCCAUAAGAUCGACUGCUUCACUAUGCAAAGUUGUAGAGUUAAGGGCUUCCCAUUCCAGCCUGAUGCACCGAAAGAAAACUAACCCUAGCACUCACCAAUGUUUAACUUUGGUUUCAAAUCCCAUGCUUUGCCCUCCUCACAAACCUGAAAUGAAGUGGCAUUUUAAGCAGCUCUUUCACAUCAGCUAGGAGAAAGAGGCCCCUUUUCAGAUGAAGUUAUUUUGAUUUCUAUAGACUCUUGUUUGGGCCUUUUUGAAUUUUGCUUUGGGUGCUAAAAUGACCUUAGCUGAAAAUAAUUUUGCCAUAUUUAUUUGUGGGAAUGAUGCAUCUUGGCUUCCUAUUACCCUUGGCUGUGACACAUACCUCAGUUUAGGAUAGAUGACAUUAUUGUAGAACAGGGUGACUUCCAUUUUGAGGGGCGUCAACCAUAUUCCUGAUCAAAGUUAUCAUUCCCCCAGUCAAACUGCAUUGCCACAAUACUUGCUAAUUGGUAAACUGUUUCUAUUGUGUUAAAAUGCAUGGCAAAGGGAAGUUUAUCAGCUCUGUUCCUCAUAAUUUGUACUUUUUUUAGUAGCUGCUGGUAAACAUUUUAAAUAGACACAUUAAGGGAUCAUGUGGCAUAAUUGUUUGUAAUGAACUUGAGAAGUAAAACUCCACUUGAUCUUUAUAAACGUUCACAUCAAAAACAGAGAGAUCUGGUUCAUACUCUGCCUCUGCAUGUAGAUUUUAUAUGUGUAGAAGCAAGUUUUGGCUCUUCCUGUCUUAUACCAUAUGUAGAAGCUGAAGUUUAAAAGGCUAAAUGCUUGAAAUAGUAAUAUAAGUAGACCCACUUCAUGCAACUGUGUGCUACAAAAUGGCUAUGGGCAGAUUAUGUAGAUUUGUAUGCAACAUGUGUAGAUUUUUAUGUAGCUCAAAGAUUUUAACACAUUUAGGCUUGAUGGUGAAACAUUUGUGAUCUUAAAGCUUGCUGCACACCUCACUGAGCCUUAGGUGAAUAUAUGCAAGUAGUUAGUAGUUUUUAAGUAUAUGUACUCAGAAGUAAGACACAUUGAAUUCUGGGGGAUUGGCUUCCCUGAAAGUUCAUACAGGAUUGCUGCUUUAUUGCCUUACAUUGGAAUUAUUUUGAAUAAUUUGUUCUCAGUUCUUUGUAUGUGUGAUCUUAACUUUACCACUCCCUCACUUAUACAGGUUUGUAGUUGAGGUGAAUUUAAUAUAUUUGACUAAAACUGAUUGUAAAUUACAUUUUCUCUCUCAAAUCACUGGUUUACCUGAGACUGGAUUACUUGUGCAAUGUCCUAUUGUAGAAGAAAUAUAGAUACAUUUUGGAUAUGUUCGAUUAGAGUAAUUCAUACUUGGAUCCUAUGAUUUUGGAAAUGGAAGUACACUCAUCAGUUUUCUCUCUAUAGAUUUGGGAGCUGAUUAGUGCAGGUUGCAACUAUGCAGGUUUUGCUGACUUGCAGAUUGAUAAGGUAGCAAUGCAACUUAUGUUGCACUACAUUGCAAUUCUGUGAACGGUAUAUACUCACCAUCAUUUACAUGUACUCUGUACCAGGAGUGCCAACUUGGUCCCAUGACCAUUGGUGCCCGGGGCUGUGGAUGCCAUGCAGCAUGCAUGGCCCUGGCAUAGAAAUUUGUGGGUGCCCGGCCCCUUCAUGGGGAAUUUUGUGGGUGCUUGGGCACCCAGAGCCCCAGGGAGUUGGCGCCUGUGCUCAGUACUUUUGGUCUUAUAGGACAUGGUUUUGCAAAAAGAGAGACAAAGCUUCUGGUGCAAAUCACAGCCAGUGGACUAGAGCUACCAUUGCAGAACUACUUGCAAUUACAUUACAAACAAUGUACAGUCAUACCUUGGAAGUCGAACGGAAUCCAUUCCGGAAGUCCGUUCGACUUCCAAAAUGUUCGGAAACCAAAGUGCGGCUUCUGAUUGGCUGCAGGAAGCUCCUGCAGCCAAUUGGAAGCCCCGUAGGACGUUCGGCUUCCAAAAUUAGUUCGCAAACUGGAACAGUCACUUCCAGGUUUGUGACGUUCGGGAGCCAAAACGUUCGAGAACUAAGCUGUUCGAAAACCAAGGUACGACUGUAUUGGUGCAGAAGAUAAAGCCCAGCUUAGAGAAUUGCCUUGGAGCAAUGAUACCAACAAGACUGGGUUCUGUGUGGCAACCUGAAGUCUUCUAUUGGCAUCAUGUCAGGAGCUCUACUAAGACAGAAGAGGCUUCCUUUCUUUGCAGAGCUGCACGUCCUAAAAUUAUAGAUUGGGUUGUGUUGUCCAGUGAUAGUUACUGUGUGUGUGUGUGUGUGUGUGUGUGAUCACUAAAACUUUCAGCUAUGUUAUAUAUGUAUCAGGAGUUGGUUGUGAUUGCUUCUGGUGUCUUGUUUGUAAUAUUAUGUACUAUAUAAGUUCAGGCAUCUGUAGUCAACCAUCUUCCACCCUACAUAGUUUGCUCCUGUGCAAACCCCCCCCCCCCAUUUUUUGGCCUUUUCAUCAUUUUUGCUUAUCUUGCACCAGAGAAGAAAACUACUUAUUGAAAAUAUGUUUUAAAUUUGUCCCCAAUUGCUCUUGAGCUUUAAAAAUCUGUUUUUCCUCAGGGAAAACUGAAAAGUAACAACACACAGUCACUAACAAUCUACUAAUAAGAAAAUGAAAACAGAGUCUAUGCUUCUGCUAUUAUUCAUGUAAAGGUUGUUAAGAAUGGUUUAAGUUUACACAGUUACAUGAGAUUCAGUUCCAUUGAAUUUACUACUGAAUAGUGAUGCCUUCGGUAGUGCUACAAAACUCUUGUUAAAAAAAAUGCUUGUUUGGUUAUUCAAAAUUACACAAGGCUGAAUGACGCAGUUAUAGGAAAACCUUUGUUGUGUUUUCUAGUUAUAAGAACCAGCAAAAUUAAGCAAAUAAAAGAGUGGGAACAUUGUGCUGAAAUCUAAUGUUUUAAGACUUCAUAGAGAGACAAAGGCACAGGCAGGUUGUUCAGGCAGGCAGCAAGGUGCAGAAAUACAGGGUGGAGCCUGACAUGCACAGCAGCAACAAUUUCUAAUUAAAGAGCAAUAGAAGGCAAGGUUACCAAAGCACUCAGGGCCAAACUAGAAGUGUAUUAUUGAAGGGGUUUUUUCCAGCCAGAGUUCACAGGAGAGAAAACGUCAUGUUCCAGAGUCCUAUCCCAUCUCCAUUUCCAUCUUGAUUUCCCUUCCUAUUUGGAAAUCCCUUCCUUCCUUGCCUCUCUGGUUUGCUUAAAAAGUUUUAUAGUAAUAAUUAUAAUUAGUAUUUAUUGGAUUUCUAUACCUCUCAUUUGAGGAUCACAGGGUGGUUUACAAUAUAAAAACACAAAAAUAUGUAACGGUAACAAACAAAAACAAUAACCCCAUAGAUUUGUAAUUAGGGUCUGGGAGAAGAGGAAUGUUUUUGCUACUUAUCUUUAGGCACCAGGCAAAAACAUUAUAUAUAAUAAAAACACAUAUACCGUAUUUUUCGCCCUAUAGGACGCACCGUCCCAUAGGACGCACCUAGUUUUUUGGGGGGAAAUAAAGAAAAAAAAUUUAUUCCCCCCCCAGCCGCGGGGGAAGCCCGAGCUUUUAAAAACGCACCUACCGUAGUUUUUAGAGGAGAAAAGGAUAUCUGCCCGAAGCGCAGGGCGCUCUGCUUCAGCGCGCCCCGCGCUCCAGGCAGCAAGCUGCUAUCCGCCUGAACAGCAACCUCAGGACAGCAGUAGAGAAAAUACAGAUAGGGGUCUUGGCGGCGGCUCACCUUCGCACCCCCUCAAGAACCCCCAAUUUGUCCUGUGCCUCCUAAAUGGCUGCCCUGAGCUGAUCCCUAAAAAACCCACCCCACUCGUACUCACCCCAAAGCCAAGGCUUUGUAUUACCCCUCCCCCCAAAACCCAAUUCAAAACACCCUACAUGUAACCCCCCAAACCAUGCCUCUGAUCUCUCAUUCCCCCCCCAAACCCCCUUGCCCAAAAAAAGAGGGUUCAGACCCCCCUCCUCAUCUGGAGGCAGCACCUUCCUUCCUCCACCCCCCUCUAUUUAGAUCCCUAAACUUACCUACCUCCCCCCUCCCGCCAGAAGAUUAAAAAAAUGCCCCUUUCCAGGAGGAGGAGGAGCAAGAGGUGCUCCCAACCCCGAAAGAGACCCCUCCCCUAAUCAAGCCCCCUUCCGCCCUGUCCUCCCCCCUUCCCCCUCCCCUCGGGGAUAAUCUCAUCCCUCCUUCCCCGAUGCAGCUCUGGGGGGGGGGAGUCCGAGGGAGGGGGGAGGAGGAGGAAAAGGGGGGGAGAAGAAGAAGAAAAUGGGGGAGGGAGAAGGGGAGGCAGCGCCUGCGGAGGAGGCCGGUCUCCGCGCUGCGCCACAGCAGCAGCAGCAACAGAAGCAGCUGCCUUCCCGCUCGCCUUCCCUCCUCGCCUGUCAGCGCCAGUCCCAGGCGCCGCCUCCUUCCCCUUCUCCGCCUUCCCUCCCCUCAGCGCCCCACAGGCUUCGCCCGCCCCUGCUGCCUUCCCCUCAGGCCCGCAGCCGCCUCAGCCUCCUCCUUCUCCCGUCCUCCUUGUGGCGGCGUCGGCGUCUUCCCCUCAGGCAACAACAUGGAGGCGGGAAGGAGAGCGGGCACCGGGCGGGGGGGCGGUUUGAACUGCACACGCCCGCCCGCCCCGUUUCUCCCUGCCUGACUGCCUGAGCGGUAAACAAUGGGGCGUGGAAUGCAAGCAACUCUCUGCUGCGCGAAAUCUGGGCGCGCUGAACUCAGUGCGCCCCACCUUUGGCAUGCAGGCAACUCUCCGCAAGCCGCGGGAGCCCGGCGCAGGCUCCCACGGCUUGCGGAUAGCUUCCUGAAGCCUGGAGAGUGAGAGGGGUCGGUGCGCACCAACCCCUCUCGCUCUCCAGGCUUCAGUGAAAGCCUGCAUUUGCCCCAUAGGACGCACACGCAUUUCCCCUUCAUUUUUGGAGGGGAAAAAGUGCGUCCUAUGGGGCGAAAAAUACGGUAAUAGGUAGCACAAGAUCUCUUUGUUUUAUUUAAUUUAUAUCCUGCAUCUUCAGUUCAAACUAAUUAAUAUAUCCUAGGUGGCAAGUACAAAUAUAUUAAAACUAAUUUAACAUUUCUAAAAUCCAAUGAAUCAGCAGUAACAGUGAAAACAGCAACAUCAUAGGAAGCUAUUUUAAAAGAUUUGAAAAAAUAAAAAUGUCAGAAAGACAUGAAAGUAAAAGAACCAGAUGAGCCUCCUGGGGAGAGUGUUUCACAAUAGGGGCACUACGUAUGAAAAGGUAAUUUCCACAAUUGCCACAUGAUUAGCAUGUAGAGCAGGCCUCCAAUGACAGUUUUAAUGAAAAGGUAGUCGUCACAUGUCCUUCACAUACCUGGUCCUAAGACAUGUUGUUCCUUUAAAAAAAUUGUUUUGUUUGCUGCAGCUGUCUUCCAGAAAACAUUCAUAUUUUCUAUACUUUAAUAGAAACUAUUUCCAGAAAUGUACCAAACCCAACUUUCAAAGAAGAAUUUUUAAUUAUCCAUUGUACCUUGUACCAUCCCAUGGAGCAACUUAAAAAAAAGUCUUUCCUUCUUUGGAUAUUCAGCUUAUUUGCAGUUCUUGUUCAGGAUUCUGGUUAAAAAUGGUUAAACACAUUUACUGGAAACAUUACUGAUUUGUAAUAACUAGACAUUAGUCAUUUACGAUAGAUAAGGCUCUGCGUAGAUGGCAUAUCUUUGCUUCAUCAAAAAUGUUACAUGCAUUUCUAAAUCUUUGUUUUCCACUUCCCCUUAUUGCUGUUGUGUUUGGACCUUUCCCUAAGAGUUACAAGGUGAUCAUACCUAAUACGUAAGCGUUUAACUUUGAACAAGCUCCGAAGCUCUACUUUUAAUGAAGCUAUUACUAAAAUAAACAGAAUUGCCCUCAGAAUUAUGAUAUAUUUACAUAUGUGCUAUGUUCACACUUACUAACACUUUGUUUUCAGAUGAUGAAAAGGCAAGUCCACAUCCUGGAACAAGUGAACCUGUUUUAAGUUUACAUUAUAGUACAGAAGGAACAACUACAAGCACAAUAAAAUUAGACUUCACUGAUGAAUGGUAAGAUUGCACUACUUUUCCCAAUUUUAGCUAUGACUUCAGUUGUAGCAUUUUGGGAUGAUCAAUGGGCCAUUGAAAUUUAUGGGCUGUAUUCAAUACUGUCCAUGUGCAAGCAGAACAGACUUCCACUUGUGGUGGGACUUUGCCUUCCUUGUCUUCACUGCACAAAUCUGUUCUGGAAUGGUGGGGUACCUUCUAGAGAAGAUGGGGGAGUUUGCUUGCACAACACUGGACACUGCCCAAUGGAUUUAAGUUGUAUUUUGGUUUACUCUGAGUAUGGCUAACAUUAGAUCUCACACUUGAACUUUUUCAUUUAAUAGCUUUCAUAUGCUACACUGCCAGAAUUCAUUAAGAAAAAGUGCUGAGUUAGACCAGAGGAAUAUUGUGUUAGGCUAGAUGCAAGUUUUAGGAAUUGUAUGAAAAAUACAUUUGUUUCAUACACCCAAGCUUUACAUGGUGCUUUCAGUAUUAAAAUCAUUUUGAAAAGUCUUUCAAGCAUUAUUUCAUUACAUUUAUGGGAUAGUAAAUCGUACUGGAGAUCAUUUCUGCCCAUGGGAUUACAAAUAAAACACUUUUCAGUCUUACUAUAUGAAUUGAAUAUCAAAGUGGGGUACGAUAAUUGCAGUAAUAAAACUAGUAGCCUAGUAUAUGAAGAAGAAAGCAUUAUGCACCAGAUAGUAUAAUGGUCAUGACCCACACAGCAAUAAUAAUCAAUACAAUAUUUUGUUACAGAGCAAAAACAAACACUGUUUUGGUUAUAAAUAUUUAUAAUUGCUUCAGUACUAGUAUGUAUACACGAACUCUUGUUAUUUCUGAACUACAAUGAAAAUUACAAGCAGCUUUUUCCAAAUGAGAAUUGAAAGAGUGUGUGUGUUUGUGUGUGUAUAUAUGUAUGUAUGUAUGGGGAAGACAUCUUAAAGCAACAUAGAUUACAUACAUAUUUAGAUUUCCUAUAUUAUAAUUAAUGGUAUAUAAAACAUCAAACCAAAUUGAUGAAAAUCAAUAUUGUAUAUUUAGAUAUAUUGUACUGCUUCUGCAAUACUCAAUGUAAAUCACAAACUAUUUCAAUUAAUGUUUUCUUAUCUUUGCUUUUCGUUUCAUUCUGAUAGGUGUUAGUUUUUCCAUGUCCACAUUUUUUGUCAUUCCUUCAUGAAGCAUAUUGUAUACAACCUCCAGUAUUUUCCAUAUUAUGCUCUAACAGCCAUAGCCAUUCAAGAUGCUAGUUUUUAACGUCCUUUAGAAAUAAACACAUCCAUAUAAUUUUAAAGGUAAUAAAGAGGAUCUAGAGGGAUUGCAUAUCGUAGUAUGCUUUCUGUAAUCUUCUUAAUAAUUCUCCAGUAAAUUUUUCUCUGCAACAUUCCCAGCAAAAGAAGUUUGCUUCCUUUUCACGCUGUCAGUAUUUUUUUGGGUAGUUCUUCUUACUAUUACUAUUAUUAUAACAGGGUUAAUAUACCAUCUUGUCAUUACCAUAUAACAGUUCUUUCUGAUUGCUGUCUUUAGUAAAAUUUUAUGGUGCUUAUUACAGAGUAUUUCCCAUAUCUCCAUAGCAAUAUAUUUUUCCCUAUUUUAUAAUAUUAUUUAACUAGCUCAUACUUCAAUAAUACUAGUAAAUGGUUUUUAUUCUGGGAAUAUAUUUGAAGGGCAGGCUAUAAAUAUCUAAAAUAAAUACAUGCGUCUGUUGAAUGUUCUUGUUGCUAGGAGCAGUACAGCUUCAAGUUCCAGAGGGAGUGGAAAUUACAGCAAACCUGAAGGUCAGGAAGAAUCCCUGAGAACUCAGAGUUCAGAGACACCAAUAUUAGAGAGUUCAGAAUCAAGUAAGAUGUGAAUUUGUUGCCUUUAUAGCAAUGAUACAGCCACCAUAUAUACACACAUAUACAUACACUUUUUUGAAAGAUGAAAAGUAAUGUGUAUAUAAUUGUAAGGGCACAGGAUAAAAUAACACUUGAAAAACAGGGGGGAGAAAUUGCAAAUAACACCUAUAUACAAAAAAGUAAAAAAGAACUUAUAAACAUUACAAGAUUGUUAUUGUAGUUAACCUACAUUUAACCUAAUGCAGUGUUUAUAGAAAUGAAUUCCAAAUAUUGUUAAAUUUGUCCAUGGCAAGUCUACGAUUAUAUGUGAUUUGUUCAUGUGCUGCAAGUUUGUACAUAUCUUCUAUCAAUUUGUCAAGAGAUGAUAUAGCUAUAUCAUUCUUGUUCCUGUUUAAGUUUAUCAAAUCCACAACCAGCUUGAUAUUAUCUGUGGCUUGUCUUCUCUUUAUAGAGCCUAUUUGGUCAUUUUUAAUAAUAGUUGGUAUUACUGUUUGCAGCCUACUUGCCAAUAUUGCCAUUAAAAUGUUUGUAUCAAUAUUAAUCAGAGAAAUUGGGCAUUGGUUGGUGCUUUGGAAUAACAGUAAUGUAUGCCUGAUUAGCUCAAUAAAGUUGAGCUAAUUCCUUCUCUGAAUAUCUCAUCAUAUAAUUGAAAUAACCUAGGUGCCUAGACAUCAAUGUAUGUUUUGUACCAUUCUACCAGGAAUCUGUCUAGGCCUGGUGCUUUACUGUUUUCCAUGUUUGAGAUUAUUCUCAAACAUAAUCUCAGUUUCUGAUAUUGGGGACAUUAAUAAUUGUUUUUGCAUAGAUUCUGAACCAGGUAGUUUUAUUUUUUUUUAAAAAAACUUCUCCAUCACCUCUUCCAAUAUACCUCUUUCUGUUGGAGCUAUAUACACGUCAUCUAAUUCACCUCUAAUUUGUGAGACUAUUAACCUUUCUUUCUUUUGCUUGAGUCAAUUUGCUAGAAUUCUACCCCCCUUUCACCUGUUUCCCAAUACUUUUUGUCCCAUAUACAUAAGCAUUAUAUCUACUUGUUUUGAUAAUGUAUUACAUAGCUCAAAUUUCUUCUUUCUUAUUUUACUACGCAGAUUAUCAGUUGAGUUAUUAACUAUUAAUGGCCACAAAUCUUUUAAUUCCUCUUUCAAUUUUUUUCCUUAACUAUUUCUAAGGUUUUUUUAUGUGAUUCACAUGCUAUAAAUUCAGCCUCUAAUACAAGCUUUGUAUGCUUCCCAUUCAUACAUCCUAGCGGUCAAAGUCUUGGCCUUUAAGUCAAAGAAUUGUUUAGUCUCAGUCUUCAUUUGUUUUAUAAAAUCUGACUGGUCAAAUUUAUGGGUUUGACCUGAAUAUUCAAUGCAGAACUUUGCCAGGAAUUGAAUAUAGUUUUUCAAGCUUUUUGCCCUAGCAAGGGCUUUCACUUUAGCAGAUUUAGAGCAUGCCUUAAUCACCUCCUUAGAAAAAUCUGGAAAAAGAGAAAGAUCAAAUAGCCACCUUUAUAUCAUUGUAUGCCUGUGCUUACUUUAUUUCAAAUCAUUACACUCCUGGUUUAUUUGUACUAUUUUUAUGGAUAUAUUGUUAUUGCUUGUAUUUUUAUCUUUUUGUAAAUCACUUUGGGAUCUCCUUUGGCUAUGGGUGAGGAAAGCUAUGAAAAAUCUAAGUAAAUUAAACAUUUGUACAUAUACUAUGAACAAGGUUUUCAAUCUGAUUUUUGGGGAGUUUGGAGCACAGGAAGUAAGUGUAACAUCCAUGCUGUGAUUCACAGAGCUCUGUAGGGUGCUUCUGCUAGCCCACAUAUCACAAUAUGAUACUUAAACUAUGCUCAGUUUCAGAAGUAGUGUGCGGUGUGGCAUGUAGGGGUUGCCGUUUGAGAAAAACAACACAAACACACCAUUAGGCUCAUGAAAGAAGUUUCACAGUUCUUUGUACAUUGACUUUAGUAUUCUGUUGUAAAUCCAGAGCCCUGCAUAAAACAAUACAGUUAUCGUUUAAAAUAUAAAGUUAACCUAAUAUUAAACUAUUUAUAUGAAUAUAUAUUUUAUAUGAAUUGUUAAAUUCUUAAUGUUCAUGAUAAGUAUUCAAUAUUAGUAAGAUAAAAGAAACUAAAAAAUAAACAAGCCUUGUAAAAUGGGUUGCUGCAAAAGAUUAUGGAGUCAUCUGUAAUAAGCUUGUGAAUGUUAGAUAUUAGUAAGUGAUUCUUUAGUCACUUUUAUUGUUCCUGUUGAACAUAAAUAAUACUCAUUCACAAAACAUUCUAAUCUAUUUUGAUUAACAUAAGUAUGGAGAAUCUACAGCUAGAGAUAUAGAUGGAAUCAGGAAACCAGUUUAUUUUUUCAGUAGCACACAUUGCAGCAGUGCCUGACUUACUGUAUAUUUUAAAUAUUUUUUCAGGGCAUCAUUUUUGUCAGUUUUUAUUACUUACCAUGCAAGCUAUAGAAGGCUUAUGAUAGUGACAACAGUAUAUAAUAGCUAAUUUCAGAAAUUGCUAGUAGCCCAUUUGCACUAUAUAUAAUUUAAAUACUGAAUUCCAGGAAUUCCUGAAGACUCACGUGGGGAAAGUACAAAUGUUGAAGAAUUGACACCUACAAGUGAAAAUGUUGGAACACCACAUUCAGGUAUGUAAAAUGGUAACAUAUGCAUACUUUACCCAAAGUACUGAAGGAGCUGUAAAUUGUUAAAGCAAACUCAAGCUCUCUUCUCCCCACAUGCCUGAAAUGCUUAUAUCUGCAGGACAGGUUAUAGCUAUUUAUUUUUUUCUACUUUAGGUUUUAAUAAUGUUGUCAAAGAUAAUUGAAAAUGUUUUUAGUGUGGUAACUGAUUAAAUGUCAUUGUUUGCUCUAUCAGAUAAUGAUGUGUCUGACCAACUGGAAAGUAGUAUGGAACUAGAAAAUGAUCCUCAUCUUGACAUAACCUGCCAGACACCAGGCGAAGGUUUAUCAAGAAAAGACACAGAAGAGCAAGGAAGCGUGAGUCAACAAAGUACAGAGUCCACUGCCAACUCAAAUAAUACAAAUCAUGAACCUCAAUCCCAACCAGAUUCCUCAGGGCUUGCUUCUCAUGAAGAAUCAUCUAUGAGAAGUUCUGCUUUCCAAGAAACUGAUGAUAGUGAUGAUGACCCUGUUCUGAUACCAGGAGCCCGGUUUCGUGGAGGAGUAGGCCAUAGGUUAGUAUUGUGGUGCGCUCUCCCCUCCUAAAGACAGUUCUCUUGAAGUAAAAAAUGGGAAAUCAUGCAGCAGAAUCAUUCAGACCUCUUAAAAGUUAUGCUGUCAACAUGCAUUCAUGAUAGGCAUGAAGGAUUAGCCCUCAUUUCACCACGGGAUUCUGCUUGCUCUACUUGGAUAUUAAAAUUCUACCUCAGUGCAUUGUCGUUUUAUAUUUUCAGUUGGAUUUGCAUAAUUGUCUAUGUAUUGUAGCACAUCAUGUGCUACUUCAAUGACCUGGACUCUCAUACUGAAGGCAACUAUCCUAUACACAUAUACAUGGGGUUAAAUUUCAGUGGACUCAGCAGGACUUACUUCUCAGUACACAUAUAUAAGAUUGUGCUGCAGGAGUGCAUGGUCCCAUGUGUUUUAUUUAUAUGCCAUGUCUGCAUAACAGGCAUAUAUAAAGAGGUUCACUUAGUCACUUUUUCAUGCACAUAGAAUUCUCUUUCCUUGUACUUAAUAGAGCUUGAUUGUCUUCCAGAGACUUGAAAAACAUUCUGGUUGUAUUUGUUUUUAGUGACUAGUAGAAAAUUGAUAUAAAAUUGUUUGCUUUUUCUCUGAGGAGCCUGACACAGUGCUUAUGGUGUCUUCACCAUUUUAUCUUCACAACAACCUUGUGAGGCUGGGCUGAGUUUGUGUAACUGCCUGAGGUCACUUAGCGUGCUUCAUGAAUGAAUGGGGAUGGUUAAAUUGGACCUGGAGCACUGUACGGUUUCUUAACAAUAUUAUAUACAUUAUUUUUAUUUGAAUGACUUCAGCUGUUAUUCCUUUCACUAGAUAUAUAAGAGGAACAGCAGUAGGUGGUAGAAUAUUGAGGUAAUUCAGAAUUACCAUCCCAUGUAGAAUUAUGAUUACUUCCUUCAUUGGUACGGUAUCUAACCACCUUUUGUACUGGUUACUAUACAAGUUUUAAAUCUAUUGGACUUCAUAUAGAGAGGGUGACAGUGGAGAGUAAUUUUAGUUGUAUGUUGUGCCCCCCCAAAUAAAGGUAAUUGCUGUGUGAAAGGUUUAACAAGUCUAUUAACCUCUUUAGUGUGUUCAUUAAAGAUGAAUGCAGUGUAAAAAUAUACAGUAGAACUAAAGCCCAGGUAUUUCUCUUUUGUUAAACACGUAUUGUAUUUUUCAUGUGUCACGGCUUACUUGAUUUGUUGAUUAACAUAAUAUCUAGUUACUGUAAACCAUGGGAGGGGAACAGUGUUCUUGUGCUCAUGUUCUGCUUGCUGGUUUCCCAUAGGCAUCUGGUUGGCCAAUGUGAGUACAGAAUGCUUAACUAGAUGGGCCAUUGGCCUGAUCCAGCAGGCUAUUCUUGUGUUCUUAUGUUAAAAUGAUUAUAUUGCUUGAAUGCAUCCGUUGGCUAAUUGACAGCUUCUGCUUCAAAUGCUGUCAAUGGGCGACCUGCUGGUGGUGCUUAUAAAAUCCUCAAUUUCAUUAUUGGCACUGAGUAUAAUACUCAAAAGAAAACUUGCACAGGCUGUAUUUGCAUGCUCAGGCUGUGCUGCCCUCCCUCUUUUUGUUGUUUGAGAGUAAAAGCAAAUGUUUAAUAAUGUAUCAAAAGGCAAAGGUUGUUUUAUAUGGGCUAGUGGUCUAACGCUCUAGGCACAGUUAGCCUGUUUAAAUUCCAUUGAGGUUAUUGGGAUCUAAAAACCAAAUUCUGAACAGGACUGCAAACCAGGUUAUUAUGUAGCUUUCUGACAAUGAUGGCCUUUCUGUUCAUAAUCUAUAGACGAUCUGCUGUAGCUCGCAUUCAGGAGCUCUUCAGAAGAAGGAAAGAGAGAAAAGAGAUGGAGGAAUUGGAAACACUGAAUAUUAGACGCCCUUUAAUAAAAAUGGUUUACAAAGGUCAUCGAAACUCCCGGACAAUGGUACAUAGUUUAUUGCUAAAUUUAUAAUUUGGUUUGCUCUAAAUAUGUGUUAUACUAACCUAUAUUAGAAGAGAGCUUAUAAGAAAAAUUAAGAUAUAUGCACAUCAUAAUACAGUUAUGAUUACUCAAGAACCUUUGCAAAGUCUUAGUCCGGAGCACUGUAUGCCUGGUCAACAUUAUGAAAUAAUUUUGAAAUUAAAAGAAAAUUAACACUCUCCCCUGGUGUUAUAAUGGACUUGCAUGGGUUUGGCUUCUUCAUCCACUCGAAGGCAGGAACAAAAUCGCCUCGAAGAAACCUCAGACAAACUAUUUUGCCUCUGUUCUCCUGAAGUAGCAAGUUACACUUUUGCCCUUGCUGGGGGCAGUUGCUUAAGACAUAUUUUCUCUCUCCUUUUUGCUUCUCCAUAUCUCAGGCUUGUAUUUUGAAUCUGUGUUGUAUUGCUGUGUGUUUAUGGUAUCUAGGACUCUUGUCGGUUCCCUUGGGGCCCUGGACUGUUUGAGUGUGUGAAGCUUCAUUUCCCUGUGUUUCUCACGGGUGUUUCCUUGCAAUUGAUUUUGUGAUGAUUUUUACUGCAAUUUAUUUGUUCAGUGAUUUCCCCCGACAUGUACCGUAUUUUUCGCUCUAUAAGACGCACCAGACCACAAGACACACCUAGUUUUUGGAGGAGGAAAACAAGAAAAAAAUAUUCUGACUCUCAGAAGCCAGAACAGCAAGAGGGAUUGCUGUGCAGUGAAAGCAGCAAUCCCUCUUGCUGUUCUGGCUUCUGUGAUAGCUGCGCAGCCUGCAUUCGCUCCACAAGACGCACACACAUUUCCCCUUACUUUUUAGGAGGGAAAAAGUGAGUCUUAUAGAGCAAAAAAUACGGUAAUUUUCUCAGUAAUGAUGAUCAUUCUUGAGGAGGGCCAAGUAAUAAAUGUGACAUUACUGGCAGUGUGAGCCACCAGAGGGCGCCCAGUAACCCUCCAACUUCUUUCAUGGAUUAGGAGAGCUAGGAAGGAUCUGUCAGAGGAGGAAGGCACCUUGUUGUUAGCAUCUGUCUCUCUUGAGAAACAAUGGAGUGUGCCUCCAACGGUGAUGUCAAACUGUUGCGUUAGGCUGGGCAGUGUCCUGGGCUGCCCAGACAACAGGACCCCCCACUUGGCCUCACUGGUGUCCAAAGGAAAGCAAAGCAAUACAUUUGGCACAAACUUGGCUUCAGGAGUUGCUGGAAGGAGGCAUGCAAGGUACCAUCCAACCGUCUUAGGGACACCACUCCGGAUUUAUGGAGGGUUUUCUCCUUAGCCUUUUCUUCUCCCAAAGAUAUCUCACAAGGCAGCAGAGGUUUAGGAUCAGAGUUUUCCUUCUCCUUGAUUGACAGGCCCCAUCUUCCCCUCACUUCCCUCUACAGCACAUGCAGAAACUGCCUUCUUUACCAUUAGACCCACUAUUGCUCUCAUCUGCUCAAUAAGUUGGAGCCUGUCUUUGCAUGCAGGGGAGGUCCCUAACUCACUGAGGGUGCAAGACCUAUUGGCUACCCUCUUCUAGGGUACCCUCAGGUGACCACUCGAAGCCGUUCCCAAGGUGUGACUGCUGUUGCAUGCUGACAGCUUCUUGGAGCCACAGGUGAGAGCUGAGUGCAGGGUGGGGACCAAAGGUGACUACUCCAGAAGGAGCAUGGCAUUUCCUCCACUACCUGAAGAAUCAACAUUAUCAACUGUGAUUCAAGGUCUGGGAAUGAGUUUGUAGGGCUUGAGCCCUCCCCACCACAAUCAAUGCGAUCAGUCUUCAGUACUGCUCCUCAGCAGUCAGCCCCUGUGCAGCUGUGGAUAAAAAUCAGCAGUGAUUCUUUAAUGAUCUAGCAAAAUAAUAACGGGGAAGCUGAUUCAGCAGCCCUUAUUAACCUUUCUUCUGAAACUUUUGUUAGGUGGAAAGCUAUUUAGUCAUAAAGCUUUAAAAGGUGUGUUGGUGCAGUUCAGAGAAAAAGGCCAUGCCUUUGAAGGCUAUUUUUACCCAAUUACCACCACUGCCAAUAUUUUUGUUCCCCAAGGUCUUCUGAAAACGGUAGGGAUUUUGAGUCUGCCCCUGCUGCCUAGAACAGAUCCAGGUUCUAGUCCUGAGGUCAGCGGCAGCAAUCUCAUGCAUUUAUGUCAGGUUGCUGCCCUGCCACGUUUAGAGAAUUUGGUUGGAGAAGUUGUUGUUCUGUUGGUGUUUUGUAUAGUGGUAUGGUACCUUGGGUUACGAACUUAAUAUGUUCCGGAGGUCCGUUCUUAACCCGAAACCGUUCUUAACUUGAGGCGUGCUUUUGCUAAUGGGUCCUCCCGCUGCCAUCGCACCACCGGCGUGCGAUUUCCAUUCUCAUCCUGGGGCAAAGUUCUCAACCUGAGGUACUACUUCUGGGUUAGUGGAGUUUGUAACCCAAAGUGUUUGUAACCCGAGGUACCACUGUACUUUGUUUCUAUGUCUCUAUACUCUUUAGCUUGGCAAGAAUGUAAUUGGUCACUUCAGGGUAACAGAGACAAAAGACUUCCUUUGAGGCAACUGUAUUCCUGCCUUUGAGUUUUUGGGGAGGCAAUAUUAAUUGAAUCCACUAUAACAUCACAUAGAAAUAUGUUUCCAGCUAAACCAACAGUCCUUUCUAUUUAGUGCUGCUUAGGGUUUCUGCUAAGUAGAUGCUUUAAACAUUGUAUAGGUAUAUAUAUUGUAUAUAGUAUGUAUAUUAGCUAUAGGUACUAUGUAGGGCCUUGAGGCACUUUUUAAAUGGAUAGUAUCAUUUGAAACAAACUAUUUAAAAAAAAAAAAUUAUUUAAAAGUAGUGGGCACAGUUCUGCCCUUGCUAAGGUUAUGGAUAAAUCAAACCACAGUUUGAAGUUGGCUUAUUUCAGCUUGCCUGCAUUCAAACUUCAUGCUAAAUUGCUGUUUGUUAAAGAUGGAAGCAAUUGCACAUAGCCAUGUCAGGAGAUGGAAAGGAGUUGUGAAGUCUGAGGCAUGUUCAUAUGACACGGAACCAUAGUUUAGUGUUGUGUAUGAAUACAGCCUGUAUACAACUUUGAAAGUGAAUUAGAAUGUCUCCCAGCUGUACAUACUAACCAUAAUGAAAUGUUUUGUUCCCCCCAAUUUAUUUUCUAUAUAGAUAAAAGAAGCCAAUUUUUGGGGUUCUAACUUUGUUAUGAGUGGUUCAGAUUGUGGCCAUAUCUUCAUCUGGGAUCGGCAUACUGCUGAGCACUUGAUGCUGCUGGAAGCAGAUAACCACGUGGUGAACUGUCUGCAGCCACAUCCAUUUGACCCAAGUAAGAUUGCUUUUCUCUCUAUAAUUUACAGGCAUAUGCAUAGCUUGUAGGGAAGCCCUUGAAAACACUUGGCUUCAUCCAUAUUCUACCAAAAUGAUAGAUUAUUUUUAAUAGUUUGCAGUCUGAAGGACCUUAGCUAAUUUGUGAAGUGGAUACUAAUGAGAGAUCUUGUCUUAACGUUAUCCUCAUAGUCUGUUUCAGAUCAUUGCCUACAUGUUGCAAAUUAUGCACAUGUGAAUGCUCCCUAGGGAAUAGAAGUUCUAAGUGGAACAUAAGAGUGAAUUUAAAAGUGAAACCCUUCUAAGAAAUUGGGGCGGGGUGGGGGGUUGCAACAAAGUGUGCUAACCACCAAAUAUUAUUUGUAUUUGCAAAUGUAAAAUAAUGACUACUUAAUAUAUUAUUAAAUUGUUUUAGUUCUAGCCUCAUCAGGUAUUGAUUAUGAUAUAAAAAUCUGGUCCCCACUAGAAGAAUCCAAAAUUUUUAAUCGGAAACUUGCUGACGAGGUAAGAUGAUAUUCUGCAGCAACACUCCUAUUUUAUAAUUUUCUUUCCUGACAAUAUUGAUGUUGCUUGUUAAUACUUUCUGUGCACCACUAAUACCAAUUUGUAACUUAGAAGAAAACAAUAAUUUCAUAGAUGUAUUGCCAUAGAAAGACCAGUUCACAGUGGGAGAUGUGUCAUUGUUAUUGGAACAUGGAACUAGAUUCUAUGGUACAUGCAACAUGGAUCGAAAUGUAGUAAAUUCUGUUACAGAAGUGAACUGAUCAUGAAUAGCCUCAAAUUGGUAAAGAGUUGUGUGCACCAGUGAAACAUGUAUUGGGUAAAGAGAGGUCUUUGGUAAAUACUGAUACAGUGUUUAUGUCAGAUGCUCAUAUAAUAGUGGCACAUAAAUAUAUACAAGAAGCAUUAUUUUCUAAAUCUGCUCUGUUAAAUUCUUGCUCAGUAACUAUUUAACUUCCUCUCUACCCCUACCCUAGGUUAUAACUCGAAAUGAAUUAAUGCUGGAAGAAACCAGAAACACAAUCACUGUUCCAGCUUCUUUUAUGCUAAGGAUGUUGGCAUCUUUGAACCAUAUAAGAGCAGGUAGGAAGAUUCUACAGACACUUUUUACUGAAUGAAUUGAUUUAUUACGGUCACAGACCAGAAAUCACUUUUGACUAGAUUUCUUAUGUGAGGUGUUUCAUUUCAACUAGUUGCCAUUUUGGAGCCAGACGGCUCAAAAGUUGUAUUUUUCAAUACGACUUUUUGGUUCCUGAAAUUCGUUCUGAUUGUGCAGAUAAAACAUCAUGGAUAGACUUCUAAAGGAUGUGUUGUCAGUGUGUGAAAACAGGCAAGAUCCAAGGAUCCCCAGGCAUCCCCAGGUGGUGGAGACAUCAGGCGCCAUCCUGAUUCCUGGGCAUCUUCACUUGGUCACAAGUGGAAAAUUAUCUGAAUCAGAAUUUUUAGCAGCUAUUCAUAUUUUUUUUCCUACUGUGUUUCCAUCAUAUUUGUAAAAGGGAGUAUAUAUGUUCAGUAUACCUUAAGCAUUUCUACUUCAUUCAUCACUAGACCCUGGACAGUGGUUGAACAAAAUGUCAUUUUGUUUUCUGAAUUGGAAAAAUGGCUUUCAAAUUGCUUCUGUCAUUUAACAAUUACUCCCAUAUUUUACAGACCGGCUGGAAGGAGACAGGUCUGAAGGAUCUGGCCAAGAGAAUGAAAACGAAGAUGAAGAGUAAUUGGCUCUUCUCUGAAAGCACCUAGACGUCAUGAAAUUUGUAUAAGUCAUGAAUUAUAUUUUUCCUUACAAAGCUUUAGUGCAAUUUUAAGGUUUUGCUUUUGAGUAACCUAACGUUUUGAUUUUGAAUGAAUGUGUGCAUGACUUGCAAAAGUGUGCAAGUAAAAUAAGCAAAAUAUUUUUAAAAUGUUUUGCAGUGUAUGAGGGGUGCUAGAAAAUGCGAAGUGCAAUAUUUUCCCUUAACUUGCAAACAUGGGAGCUUGGAUCAGUGUUUUAAAAUAACUUACCUUAUAGUGAAAACAUUGGUUCAAAUAAAUUUCUAUACCUGCUAUUUGCAUGUUUGUUGCUUUCUAUUAAAAGAUGUGGUUGUUUUACAUUUGUGUUUGUCGUUUUCUGACCACUAUGUGAGGAAAUCAACACAUCACAUUCUCUACUGACUACAGAAAUUUCAGUUUCCACCCUUCCUCACAGAAAUCCUAUUGGGGUUUGGAGACUUACAUAACUUGUAAGUUGACUAGAAACUUAUUCCGCCUUCUUAAAAUACAUUUAAGUCAGAACUUUUAUUUUAUGUGCUAAAGUUAAAUGUUUCAUUUUAGGAGUGUGUGACUAUAUAGUUUCUGAAUUGCUUUGGAAACUCUGAUAAAAAGCAGCUUGUCAUAUAGCACAGAAGACUGCUGUUGAAAUACUUGACUGUGUGCACAGAUCCAGCAAUGUAGCCUUCUGGAUCAAAGUCUGUUGGAAAAAAUGGGCUAUAUUGAUGGUACUGUAUCUUACACCUGGAUGUACUCUAAAAUUUGGAUUCUGUUAUUCAUAGCGCACUUGUAGGAAUGUCCAAAAUAAAACAACCUAUGGUUAAGG